GGCGGGAGGUGUGCGCGGGCGUGGGCUGGGGCCGUGGGCUGCUGUGUGCACGGCGACCUCAUUUCCGGUACCUGCCCCUCCGCGGCGGCCCGGGCAGAGUCCGAGGGGCCAGGCCGGCUGGGAGCCCCAACCCCGCGCCCUCGCAGCUGCGCCCCGGAGGGGAGCCCGGGCGGGCCAGGCCAGGUGUGCCACCUCCUUCCUGGGCGGAAGCGCAGCGAGCGGCUCGGCCUUUUGCUGCCGCGGCUCCUGCGGCGUCGCCAAGGCGCACAGUCAACGAGUGAAGAGGAGGAGCUCUCCUGGUUGAAUCGCGGUCUGUCCGGCGGGCUCGAGAAGGGCGCGUGUGACCUUCUUUCCUGGCUUACUUAGAUAAAAGCCGCGGGCAAGGCAAGGUGGUUGCUGCGCAGCGCGGAGACGGGAAAGGCCCCUGGCGCGCCGUCCGGUGAAGCUCCUCGUCCCGGCCGCGUUUCCAGGCUGAGGAAAUCCGCGCUGCUUGAGGUGCUGCCUGUCACUUUUGCUCCACGGUAUGUGUAUUCCUUUGCUCCCCAAUGCGAGGUUUGUAGCCUUCUUUCCGCCUGCUACUAAUCUUCCUUCCUUCCUUCCUUCGGGGAGGACAAACUCUAAUAGGAACAGAAGUAAGAAGGGAUCGUUGGGCUGCCUGCUUGCCUUCAAACUUUGCAGUCAAGAAGAAAUGCAACAGGUGUAGCAAUUGGGAAAGUUUCACCUGGGAAGGGAAGGCUGCACAUGUUGAAUUCCUGCCUGUCAAAGAUUGCAGAGAGUAUAGGAAUCCUUUUAAGAUUAAAAAGUGGAAACCCUGUGUUUGUUUGGCUGCGUAUUCCUCUCUUUCAGCUGAAAUAAAACCUAAGAGCAGCAUAAUUAACUUUGUCUUAUUUGUUCUCCUUUUUUUUGGUCUAAACACAGAGUUUAAGCUCCAUUUUUGUCACCUUGUAAAGUCCAGAUACAGUGGUACCUCGGGUUACAUACACUUCAGGUUACAGACUCUGCUAACCCAGAAAUAGUGCUUCAGGUUAAGAACUUUGCUUCAGGAUGAGAACAGAAAUCGUGCUCCAGCGGCAGCGGGAGGCCCCAUUAGCUAAAGUGGUGCUUCAGGUUAAGAACAGUUUCAGGUUAAGUACAGACCUCUGGAACGAAUUAAGUACUUAACCCGAGGUACCACUGUACUCUAAUGGUAUUGCAUAAAUAGCUUGAGGGGGAAAUGUUCCAACAAUAUUCUUGUUAAAAUAGGUUAAAAUAGGUCAAGAUCUCUUAGCAAUUAUUAUUUAUUUCAAACUUUUAAAAAGUCUUCAGAACUAUGUGCAAGUUAUGCAGGGAUUAGUGGUGAUAAAAGUGUGGAUUUCCCCCACCCCACCUUCUUCCUGGUCUCAGGAAUCAAGGGGUCACAGUUCAAAUCCCCGCUCAGCUCUGAAACUCAGCCGGUGACCUUGGGCGCAUUGCUCCCUCUCAGCCUAACCAGCCUGGCAUGCUUGUUGUGAGGAUAAAGUAUGGCAACCUACAUUUGUGUCUGCCGCCCUGAACUCAUUAAAGGAAGGGUGCAGUACCAAUGUGAUAGGCUAGCAAAACCAGUAUCUUACAUAUUUUAUUGGCUAGACUAUUUUAGGAUUAUGUAAACGAUUGAGUUUCACAGAACUCCUCUUCAAGAUGACGUGGGGAACGAUGAUCUGUAUCAAUUCUUGUGAAUCAAAAGCUCAGGCUGGGAUGAUGUAAUUGCAUUUUAUCAGACUUUUGGACUUUGUGUUGGUAGACUGCGCCCUGUAUCCUAACCAAAGGCUAGGGUGUUUCAAAAGAAACUGCCUGUGAAUUCUGGAGUAAAGGGCCUUAAAAUAUCUCUAACAGAGUAACAUAGAGGUUGGCGCAAAAGAAAGAUCUUGUAAGAAGCUGCCAUCACAAUUUAGGUGGUAAUUCUUUCUGUUGAAUAUGUGAAGUAUUUCUUUGGUUUUGGAUGUGGGUCAUAUGCACACCAACAUAGGUGGGUUGAUUCUGUUGUCUUGGAUGGGUGAUAGUGUUAUCCUUGAGACAAGGGCAGAACAGUUGUGUCUCUGACAUAAACAAUAGUUGGAAGCUAUCCAUACCCACAAAGCAGGAGGCUUUGCUGCCAAAAUUGGAUUUAGUUCUGUGGUUUGACAAGGAAAAAUGUUUCUAUUCUAACCUGCAGGGUUACCAGAUUUUUUACCCCACUCCCCUCCCCCGAAAUUAUUGAGAGUGUAGUCCUAAAAGUAUCCAGGGCAUUGGAAGGACAUAAAUAACAAUAAGUAGGCUUAUGUAUCAUUUUUAAAAAAUCUGUAGUGCAGUUUAUUUUCAGGAAGAUAACUGAAAGCAAUAACUUGUUGCUCCUGAGUGGAUUGAUGAAUAUAAUUUAUUUUAUAAAAAUGUAGUAUUUCUGGCAAAUGGCAUUUAGGUGGCAGACUAGACAAAAUUACCAUUUUUCUGAAUUAUCAGUUGUAAGCUGACACUUAUACCCAGCUUUCAACUCAUAACUGGAGUUAGUAUAACACCUUAGUAGGUUGUAACUACACUUUGUAGGUGAAAUACAUUGCUAUGCUAUACUAUACUAUACUAUACAGUGGUACCUCGGCAUGCGAACGGGAUCCGUUCCAGAGCCCCGUUCGCAUCCUGAACAGAACAUAAGAUGCGACUGCCCGUGCGCGGGUCACAUUUCGCCGCUUCCGUGCAUGCACGUGACGUCAUUUUGACCGUCUGUACAUGCGCAAGCGACGAAACGUUACUUCCGGGUUGCCGCGGAGCACAACCCGAAAAUACUUAUCCUGAAGCGUAUUUAUCCCAAGGUAUGACUAGACUAGACUAUACUGUACUGUACUAUACUAUACUAUAGUUGGAACUUGUGCUGUACAAUGCAUAAAUAAUGAAGGCUGCUCCAUCAUUUUAGUGGGAUUAUUUAUUUCCAGGUAAACGCUAGAAAGAUUGGCCUGCAAAAGCAUCUAAUUAUAAGUUUAAACAUGUGCAACAACACUUUCCUUGGUGAUCUUUCUGUGUUCAGAGGCAUCUUAUGUUAGCAAAAUGCGUUUUGGUGAUUGACCUUGGUGACUCUCCUGCUUUCUAUGAUCCAAGUACAUAAGAUAUUCCUUCUCUCCUUCCCCUCCCCCACUUUCCAUUUUGGGAAAGCAAGGCAUAGUUAUCAUGGGACGUGGGAGGAGGAAUCUUGCCAAGUUACUUGUGCCCUGCAUUGCUGCAGUAAUAAGAUGGAGGUAGGGAUUUUGGAAUUGAGGAUUUGUGUGGAUAGAUUAUGUUAAACCUGCUUGCUUUACUUUUAAACAUUAACUAUUUGUUACUUUUUCACCCUUGCCUUUUUCAUUAAUAUAAUGUGAAUUUCAAAGUUUUUGCAUUGGAAUAAAUGUAGCUGUGGACCAGCAUUGCACUUCUGGUCUUCUCAUGGGUAAUGAUGGCUGCCUUAUCAGGUUGGAUUCCCCCCCCGCCCCCCAUCACAAGAGUUUUAUUAGCCCAAAUGUGAUGGGUUGUUUUGAUGUAAUUCUAGAUGGGAAACUUUGCCACAAAAUACACUUUCUUAAUCUGUUUUAAUUUACCUGCUGAGAUUUAAAUCAAACAUGGAAAGAUUAGCUGCGGAGAAAUUAAAAGCUUGUUGUAGCAAGUAAAUGAAAGUAAUGUUUCAAAUAUUUUCUUUAAUUUGUUGUAGGAGUUAAUUUAAAUGUAAGAAUUGUCUGUUACUUAUUUAGACUCGUAUACCUUCCAGCUUUUGCUCUCAUCCUUUAAGCCUAAGUUUCCAUUUGUUUUUUCCCCUUUGGGAUGGGUGUGUAAGAGAUAGGAUUUAUUCAGGUCAUUUUUAAAUUUAGGCCUCUUGUGACUAGGUGUGUAUUCAUUUUAAAAUGAGCAUUUUAAUGUAUGUAAAUGAAGCGCCUACCAUAGGGGUGUUACUGAUACUGCAAAGGCAUGGUAUUGUUUUUGUGCACAUAACACCAGCAGAAACAAGGAAUGUACUUAUCCUUAAUCUUUUACUACAGUUGUGAGACUUUUGACUUGUAGAAUGCUGUUAAUAUUUCCACAGAGAAGUAAAACAGCAAAUUGGAAGACCUAUUGCACAGCUUGUUAAAAUUUCUGACAAGUUUUAGUAAAGAACAACAAAUAAGAUUUUUAAUUAUAUUUCCUAUAUGUUGCAGAGUUUUUCUGUUGUGUCUUCUAAGGUUAGCUGUGACUUUGAUAAAGUGUAUGAGCUCUCGUGUGCAUCUGAAGAAGUGUGCAUGCGCACGAAAGCUCAUACCAAUAACAAACUCAGUUGGUCUCUAAGGUGCUGCUGGAAGGAAUCUUUUUAUUAAGUUGUAGGAUAUCACCCUAAACAAAUUUAUUCUUGCUCAUGACAUAAGCUUUUGUUGUCUACAGUCCACAUCAAUGCAAAGUGUUAUUCUGGUCAAUGCAAAGUGUUACGCUUUCAAAUUGCUUUGUUUAAGAAUGACCACUUACGGUCAGUUACACAGUUGAGUCCCGGGUAACAAGACCCUCUCAGCCCUGCUGAUGCGGUCCAAAGGAAAGCAGAGCAAGAUGUUUGGCAUCAGCUUGGCUGCAGCAGUUGCCAGAAGGAGGUGUACAAGACGCCAUCCGAUUUUCUUGUCCAGAUUUAUGUAGGGUUUACUCCUAAGCCUUUUAUUCUCCCGAAGAGGCAGCAAGUAUGGAUUUUUCCUCAUGGUUUACCGUGAGUAUAGCCACAAGGUGGCAGAGGCUUAGGACCAGAAUUUUCCUUCUCCUAGUUGGGCUCCCUUCCCAGGUUGAUGAGCCCCAUCUGCCCCUCACUUCCCUCUACAGUGUGUGCAGAAUACGCUUUCUUGACUGUUGGACCCACUCUUGUCCACUCAAUCUGCUGGAGCCUGUCUUCACAUGCAGGGGAAGUCUGCAACUCACUGAGGGUUUGAAACCCAUUGGCUACCCUCACCUGGUUUAGCCAGCCUGUUGAAGCCAUUCCCAGGGUGUGGCCACUGUUGCAUGAUGACAGCUUCUAGUUAAUAGCAUAGUUCAGUCGUUUUCAACCUAUUUGAGUCCACUGCUCCCUUGACCAACUACAUUCUUUCUGUGGCACCCCAGUGGGGCUCAGGAGCCCAGUUAUUUGACCCCUUGCCUGCAGAGCUGACAGCCUCUCACCCUUUUUCAAACACCUUCCCUUGUGGAGUGUUCUCCUCUUCCCUCUCCUGGGGAGUCCUCUGGACAGCUGCUGCUGCUGCCCUCGCACCUGCCCCAAAGAGAGGGGCCUCCUCACACCGCCCCCCAGGGGCCUGGGAAGCACUCCCUGGCCAGCCCCAGGCACCAUUCGCCUGGGGAGCUUGUAGCAAGGGCUGCUGCAACAAACAGCUGUGCAAGCCUUGGGGAGGCAGAGAUGCAAGAGGGCAUUAGAGGAGGAAAUAAGCAACUAUCUUACUUUCCAAAGACAUCCGAAGGCAGCCCUGUUUAGGGAAAUUUUUAAUGUUUAAUGCGGUAUUGUGUUCUUAACAUUCGGUUGGGAGCUGCCCAGAGUGUUUGGGGAAACCCAGCCAGAUGGGUGGGGUAUAAAUAAUAAAUUAUUUAUUAUUAUUAUUAUUAUUAUUAUUAUUAUUAACCAUCAUUCAAAGCACCCCAGGGUGCCAAGGCACACUGGUUGAAAACCACUGGCGUAGUUAAUAGCAUAGUUAUAACAAGCUUUACUUUUCUUCAUUUCAUAUUGUUCUCACCGUGGCUACCAAUUGCAAAUACAGUAUUAGGCAAGCUUGGUCUGAUAUUUCAAAAGUUUUUAGCUUUUUAAAAACUAAAUAAAGGUAAAAUAAACUAAUUACAGGUAAACUAAAUAUGCUAAUUUAGAUCAUCUAGGAUAUUAAUCUUUAAGGUAUCAGAAAACACACUCUUCUUAGAAAUAGAAUUAUUUUAGUUUGUAUCACAUACUGCUAUCUUUAAGCCUUGGGCAAGUAACAGUGUAGUAAAAACACAACAAAAUUAUGCUGCAUUGGAUAUUUGGGUGGUUGCACCUAAGCAUAAUAAUACUUUAAAGUCGAUAAUCAGUCAUUUUUGUUAAUUUUCAUUCUUGGCCACUGUGUAAUUUCCAUUCACCAAGAUCACUAAUCUAAUCUUUUCCCAAAUUUGAUUCUGAAUGUGGAUUUUUGCUUUGGUUGCCACCUCUUUUCUUGGCCCUAGUCCUAUGCAUUUAGCUGCAGCCUGGCAUAUAGAAAUUAAGCUGAUGGUUUUUUCCUCAUAACCUUUUCCCCAAGGCCAUGAAAUAUUUCAUUUUCUUAUUUUUUGUGUGAGCCGGACUGUUAAAUGCACAGGACGAAGUCGAAGAGUGGAAAUGGCAACCUUAGAAAUAGUAUACAUAGGAGAAUAUGUAAGAAAAAGCUAAGAAAAAAUGUAAGAAAAUAAAAUAAAACUUUUUGGUAUGGACAUAAAAGGUUGAGAGAAGAUCUACCUGGAAGGGGCAGGUCCUCUGAAAUAGAAAGGCUUUCCUAGGCUCCCUUGCAGGAGAGCUGAUAGGAGGAAAUAAUAGUGAUCUCAUGCACAUAAAUCUUGAAGAUAUUUAGCAAAAGUUAAAAAUGGGAAGAAAACAGCUGCUUAGAGCACAACUUUUAAUGCACUGCUUAAGCAUGAAUUAUACAAUAUUUAAGAUACAGUUGAAAUCUUUGUAAAAUAGUUAUGUGUCUUGAGCUGUAGUCCCAAAGAGCUUUGAAGUCUGCACUUUGCUCAGAGAGCUAACAUUAAAGAUACCUAGACAGAAGCCUUGGGCAAAUUGAUAAAACCAGGCUUGUUCUUGAUAUCUAGUAUCUGCUUGUAUAGAUCUUAAUAUAUGGGACUAAUAAUUUACCUGCUGAUUAGAUUUUUUGAAAGUGCAGUUGCUAGAUUGGAUAGUAAUAGACAUACCUUGUUAAAGUUUGGGGGAGGGGGCAACAGACUUGCGGAAGUUUGCAUGUGCCUUAGCUGCAUUUAAGAGUCCCCUUUCCACGUUCUGUUUAUCUUAUGUAGUACUCUUUUUCUUUUUAAGUGAAAACACUAGAAAUCCAGAAUACAUGGUGAAUUUAACAACAAGCAAGUCUGCCAAGAAAAUGGAAGGGAAACAUAUUAUGGAUACAGUUUUUGUUUCUAGUUUUCCAAGAAUCUGUUGUAAAUGGUAAGUAAAAUUUGCAUUUUGUAUAUUAUGCAAACCACUCUGAUUUCUUCAAGGCACUGUGGAAAGAAACUAUUACAGAUAUACUUGCUUGAAUAGGUGUAAGUUGACAAAAUAAUAUUUUUUAUAAUAUCAGAACUCCUGGUCUGUUUUGUUUCACAUCAGCUCAAGAGUUCAAUUCUUAUUUUGUUGUUGGCUCACUCACAGCGUUCAAAAUUAGCCCAUCUAAUUUUGACUGGCAGCCGACCUUUUGCGAGGCAGUGCAGAUGUCCAGGCGCCAUUGUUUGGUGCCUAACAUCUCCCCCUGGCAAUACCACACCAGUCAGUUGGUCUGUGGGGCAUCAGGGCACCAAAAUACAUGCCUCUUUUGCUGCUGUUCUGCCCUGCCUGGUUGACGGGGUAGCACGGUACCAGAAGACGCAUGUGCCGAAACAUCCUAGGCAGCAACUCUUGACGGGUCUCUGCCAGAGGCACAGUCGGCGGCAUCUGCUGCUGAGGAGAAGAGCUGAUGGGAUGCUGCCAAGGAGAGGAGCUGUUUGGGGCUGCCACUCAGUGCUGCAAACGUGGAGCUGUUCAUUUGGCUGCUCCAACUUCUUAAGCAGCUCUAGAAGCUUCUGCACUUCAUUGCGAAGCUUCUUCAUUCUGUUCCCUUCUUUCUAUUCUCCAAUACUGCGGAAGCCAGCUGAUUCUGCCUGGCCUUAGAGUCUUCUCCCCACGUUGGAGAUGGGGAAGAAGGGGAGGGAGGGGGAGCUUCACCUGACAGAGAGAGAAUAGGAGGAAGGGGAGAGGAGCUGGCAGAGGGAGAGGAGGAGAGGAGCUCUCCUGUUGCUGCCUUGUGGGGUGAAAGAGUCACGGGGUUCUUUGGAGCCAUGGUGGUGCUGAUGCUGAAGUGCAGAAGCUGCCAGAGCUGCUUACGAAGUUGAAGCAGCCAAACAAGCAGCUCCACAUUUGCAGCGCUGAUGAUGAACCCCAACGGCUCCUUUCCUUGGCUGCUCCUCUUGCCAAGGCCGUUGGCAUCCUGCUGCCACCUCUGCUGCUGUCCCCCAUGGCCACCAGGAGCAGCCCUCUGCUCCUGAGGCUCGAGAAUCUCUGCCUGAGCUCAGACAAAACCAGACCCAGGCAGCUUCCACCAAGUAAGAAAAAAGGACGAAGCGAGCGGGGAGAUCUGCAGGGAAGAAAUGCAUUUACACAUUGUGUUUUGGCACCCAUAACCCAGGUUCCAGGUGCCAUGUGGCGCGUAGCUUUCCCAUCCCAAUUUUGAGCACUGCUCACUCAGUAGCUGUGAAAGGACUUAAUGUUUCAGGUGUCAUAGUUUAUAAUAAAGUAUGGAUCUCAAAAUUAUCACAUGGAAUGUGAAUGGACUUAACGAAAAAGCAAAGAGAAAUAGGGUGGCACGUGUUUUAGAAAAACAAAAACAUGACAUAAUAUGCCUGCAAGAGGCCCACGUCGCAAAAAACCAUAAAAGAGUUUUAUCAAACGAGAGACUGGGACUAGACUUUAUCUCUUCUAAUAAUUUGAUAAAAAUGGGUGUAGUAAUACAUGCAAAGCCUUAUUUGGGUACUAAACUACUACUGGUAUAUAAUAUGAAUUAAAGCUGAAAAGCUUUGAAGAGAUAAGAGAACGGAUAGUGGAUUGGUUCCAAUAUUAUCAACUAUUUGAAACAUUCAAAAUAGAUUUAAAAAGGGGUUUGCGACAGAAACAUCUAGAUUGGAAACAGAUUUGGUCAACUCCUAAAUGAAAACUCUGUAAAAAAUGUACCAACUCCUCCUUGACUGGGAAGUCACUUGUUUGGAGGAUGCAUUGAUUCCCUUUCCCUGCACUUGUAUCUUCUCUGGGUGGGAUUUCAGCAGUCAGAUUCUCACACACGUUCCGAUCCUGAAUUCUCCUGCAUUUUUGUCCUGUGCUUCUGUCAGGUACUCAUCCCGAUUGUGUAUAUUAAAUUUGUUUAAUAAUUAACUAUAUUACAUUUAUUAAAGGUGUAUUUAAUUAUAUAUUUAAUAAAAUAUAUUAGUCUUGUAUAUUAACUAAUAUUAUAUUCUCAAUACUUUAAUUAACGAUAUGGAAAUUUAAUUCAGUGCUGGCACACAGAUUCUAUGUCAAUGUAUUCUUGCAGUCCACUUGGCCUGAGAGGUUGCACCACCCAGGUCUAUGGGAAAGAAUGGCACGUUGCAAGUCUCAAGGAAUAGCAAUGUCUAGCUGUGGAAAUGACAUGAUUUAGGAUAGCUGUGGUAUUUCACAAGUCUUAGAGUCAGAGACUAAUGUAGCUAUCUAGUCAGUUCAGCUUAGAAUCAGAGACUGGAUGCGCAAAGAAAUUCCCUCUCACGGGUUUCUACUCCUCACCUUCUGGGGGAUUUUUUUUCCUGGGUGGUAGAGAAUGAUGUUACUGUGUGUUCCUUCUUAAUGAAAAAAUGUAGACUUCUACAGUUUCUUAUCUGUCCUGUGCCUAUAAAUAGCAUUACAGCAGUAUAAUAUUAAAUUAAUAAUGUAUUAUAGAAUUUUGUUGUAUUUAUUUUACUAGUUUAGAAAAUCUAAUCUUAAUGCAUUUUAUAUUUUUGAUGAGUAAAGUGCUACUACAUCUCUCUUUUAUCCUUGUGGAAGACCAAGGAGCCUGUAUGUUUGCAGUUUAAGAACUGGCAUCUGGGCUUGUGAAUUGUCUAAGGAUAUCCUUAAAUCUGAGAGAGUGGCAUUUGGGGAUGCAGAAACUGGCCAGGGACGGACAGCUGCUUGGGGCUAUAGCCACUACUCUGGAGCUUACUUAUGAUGUCAGGAUGUAUAUAGCAGGCUUUCCUGGGAUGAUGGGAAAUGCAGGGAAUUAAGGAGAGAGAGUAUGUAGGGUAUCCUACAACUUUGUUUUCAGGAGUAUUCAAUGUGUUUGUAAAUAUGAAUAAUUUUACUAAAACAAAAAAGUAAAUAAUUUGUGCAGGAGCUACUAAUUACGCAAUGUAACUACUUCAGAUGGUGGUAUCAGCAAAUUUAUGUUUAUGCAAGCUCAUAUGGCAUACUUAUUCAUAAACUGCUGUUCGAAUUCCUCCAAUUUUGUGAUUAUCAUUGCACUGCAGGGUUGUGCUACAUGACCCUUGUGAUCUCUCCCAGCUACAAAAUUCUGUUACUCAUAUUUACACACUAUUGCUUUUCUGUUCUUAAAUAUGCUGCUUUAAAUAUGCUACAAUUUUUCUUCGCACCCUUCUGGAUCAGGGUAGCUUGACCUCAGUGGUCCAUGCAUUGGUAAUAUCAGUACUUGAUUAGUGGAAUGUGCUUCAUGUGUGCCUUUGUAUGGGGUCUAGAAGCUGCAGCUAGUGCGAAAUGCGGUGGCCAGACCGCUCACUGGAACAGGUUACUGGCAAAAUGUUAACUCCUUUGCAGAAUGGUUGCUGAUUCGCCCAGGGUCAAGGUUCUUGUGUUAAGUCCCAAAGCCCUAAACCAGGCAUAAGCAAACUCGGCCCUCCAGAUGUUUUGGGACUACAACUCCCAUCAGCCCUCGCUAAGAAGACCAGUGGUCAGGGAUGGUGGGAGUUGUAGUCCUAAAACAUUUGAAGGACCGAUUUUGCUUAUGCCUGCCCUAAACAGUUUGCCUCCAAAGUACCUUAAGAGCUGCCUGGUUCCUUGGGAUCACAGAAAUCUUCUGAUGGGCCACUUUUGGUGGUCCUCCAUGCCCCUGAAGUUCAGCCAGCUUUUAGCAAGAGUGAUCCUUGAGUGUGGCAGACCCUGUCCUGUGAAACUCCUUACCUGCUUUCCUUUAGGGUCCUAAAAACUAUUUCUCAAACCAGCAUUUGGAAUUUGAUCCCCCCCCCAACCAAGUUAUAUUGACAUGGUACUGAUAUUUUUGCAGAUGCUGUUAUAUUAUGGUUUAUGUUAUAUACUGCCUUGUUCAGGGCCACCUUAAGCAUAUGCGGCGCCGGGGUGCAAAGAUCCGCCUGGCGCCCCCCCCCCCGGUUGCCCAGAGUUGUUGACCUUUUUUAGGGUGGGCUGGUGAGGCGCACAGAGCUGGCCUGGCCAGCCACCUCAACAGCAACAGAGAAGCCCGAGGCAGCAGCAGAGUAGGGCCGGGCACCUGGGGGGCGUGCAAGCAGAGCCCAGUUCAACAACAGUCAAACCCGAGGUGGCGGCAGUGGCAGCAACUGAGCGAAGCCAGGCGCCUCGUGUGAGCAGCAUGCGCUGGACAGGCCUCCCAACGGCCCACCAAUCCCAGGCGCGCAGGAGGGUGGAGCCGGCCGGAGGGCUGCCUCAGCGCCUCGCUCACCCUGCUCUGACAGGCUCUGCUCCACUCAGCAGCGGCUGUCGGCUCUUCCCAAUCCCCGGACUCCAAAUCUCUGCCCCGGACUCUCAGCCUGGAGCCCCUGAGAGCCCGCGCCUGGGUGCCCCACACCCCUAGUGCCUAUGGGUAAGACGGCCCUGUCCUUGUUAUGUUUCCUAUGAAUGUGUGGUUUAUAAAUACUUAAAUAAAAAAGAAAUAAAGCUAUUUACUGAAGUAGAUAUAUGUUGAAUAGGGUAUAUUCUUGAAAACCUUUAUGAGCUAUUUUCACUUAACUUCUACUGUUCUGUAUACAGUGGUACCUCUGGUUACGUACUUAAUUCGUUCUGGAGGUCUGUUCUUAACCUGAAACAGUUCUUAACCUGAAGCACCACUUUAGCUAAUGGGGCCUCCCACUGCCGCCGUGCCACCAGAGCACGAUUUCUGUUCUCAUCCUGAAGCAAAGUUCUUAACCCGAGGUAUUAUUUCUGGGUUAGUGGAGUCUGUAACCUGAAGCCUAUGUAACCUGAAGCGUAUGUAACCUGAGGUACCACUGCACAUAAAUACAGGUGAAGGGAAGAAGAGGAGAGCAGGUGCUAGUAAGACUCCUUGCCCUCCCGCCCUCCCUUCCUCCCUCUGUGUUGCCAGAACAUGCAAGUGUUGACCAGAGAGAGAGAAUGAGAGAGCACGCAUGCUUCUGUAUCUGCUGCUGAGAAAAUGCAGCAGAAAACGUGUUCAUGUAUAAAGUGUAUAACCAAACAAGGAAGAAGACGCUGAUAUGAGUUGUUGUAUUAAGUAUGUGUAUGCUUUCCCAAUAUUGUAUUGUAACACGGAGUGAUGCAAUGCAUUGGCAGUAAAAGCAAGAAAGAAUACCAGUGAAAGGACAUAGGAUCGUUUUUCUCUUCAGCCCAGAAGAAGAAUUCAUUCUUGUGCAGUUUCUUCCGCAAACAGAUGUUAGUUUCACUGUAGCUUUUCAACUUGUAAAUAAUUGUGGUCUGUUUGUAUUUUGUAAUGAAUCGUGCAGGGGCUACAGAUGGUGUGGAGGCUGCAGCUGUGCAGAUGCAGGGAGAGCUGGGAUGGGGGGAAGCUGGAGGAGUGCACUGGCCUUCCUAGGCAGGAGAGGAGGAAAACAGCUGAGAGAGAAAAUUGACGGGAGUGGGAGAAAUAAAUUGAACUGAAGGAAAUUUAAGUUUUGCUGUGAAUAGGAAUAAUAAGCAUUGGUUGUGCUGGAUAUUGAUGAGGUAAGACACUUAUCUAGGACUGGGAAAAUUGCUAUACAUAUUUAAUUGCUAAAUAAAAAAAGGAACUUCAGAGUGUACUAACAUUUCGUUCAUAUGUUAUGCUGUGAAGUCAUGAUACUAGUUUCCUAAAUGAUCUUCUUCUGGGUUUGAGUUCACAAGAAAAUGUAGCAUGUGAUACAUUAUUCUUGUGUAGCUAGAAACUAUGGUACAGUCUGAAUAAACGAAAUGCACGUCUGGAGAGAAUCUUGCAUGGAAUUUCUGUUCCUGUGCUUCCUACUGCUGAAGAGGCAAUGAAAGCAAUGACUUGCCUCUAGCACUGUGGAUUCAGCAGAGGCAGCACAGAAAACUGUGACUGUGGGUGGAAUUGCUUACUAUACUUCUAUAUGGAUUACAAGUUUUCUUUUUUCUUUUUAAUAUUUUCUUUUUCAAGUUUCAAAAUAACAGCAUUUUUCUUUUGUUUAUACAUAUCCAAUCCAAAUUUGCAUUUAAUGACUCCCCCCCACCCCCUCUGGUUUCCCUUCCCCCCCUUAAAUUCUCCUUGCAUAUUAUUAUAUCUCUCCAAUUAAUUUUAAGUUUUCUAUAGAAUCAUUAUUUAAGAAACUUUAGCAUAGUUUGCUGGGAAGCAAUGUGUGUAUACUGUAUUUCAUAUUUCAAUUUUGCAUUCAAGUUUUCCCAAAUGGUGCCCUUAUUGAUCCAUACUACUAGUGAAAACAAGGCCAAAGUAUUAAUUGGAGACCAAGUAGCAUUGUGCUGUUGAGUAUCUUUGAGAAUACAUAAGAGGUAGAAUUGUACAAAACUGGCAAGAGUUCAAUAACUGUUUUGCAAAGUAGUCAAGUAAGAAAAAUGAAAUAAAACCGGGAGCGGGGCAGAGUUCUAAAAGAUUAUCUCUAAAUAGAGAAUCUGCAUAAACCUGAGAUUCAGCAUAGUUUGAAGGCUAAAUCAUGGUUUGUAAAGACCACAAACCAAUGCAGUUAUAACAUAACAGAUAUAGGAGAGAGAGAGGGAUCUGGACACGUGGCGUGAUCACACAGUAUUCUGCACUUGAAUUAUUGUUGAAGCUGGUGUUUUUGUCUUGAGGUCAAAAGUCCUAAAUGAGAAGUGAAUAUUUAACUACUCUUUCAAGGACAGUUGGUAAUCUUUCUUUAUUGGAACAUGAGAUUAGAGGGUUGAAAACAACUCCAAAGAGAUAUGACUCUGGAUGGUUUUGGCUGCCAGAGCAGUGCAGCCUGUGGAUUUAAAAGACCAUUCCAUAAUAAAAAUGAGACGCACCGUGAAUCACCAGGGAAUUUUUUUGGGGGGCGGAUCUUGGAUUUAAGCAUCGUCUUCCUUCUCUCUGCCUGCACCCACCUUAUGGUGGUGAUUUCCUUUACAUUUUUUUUCUAAUCCUGUACUACCUUUCCCCACCAACAAAAGACUCCUAGCACGAAAAAACUAUGAAUGGAUCUAUUUAUUUGCUAUUUUUUUGCCCCUCCUUGCCUAUUUGUUUAUAUGUGCAACAUUCACACUUCCUUACUGCUGCAUGUGCAUUCCAUUUUCUCUAUGUAAAAUUAUUUGCUUGGACAUUUCAUAAUAAUUAAUGAAAACUAAACUAUUUCAAUGGAAAAAACCAAUAUUUUUCUUAUUUGACAGAAUGAAAGAGAUUUAACAUGUCCAACUCCCUAAGAGAGUAGCUGGCAGAGUAGCUAGCAGUGCAGUGAAGAAAGAUGAUCUGGAAUACCAAUCUGGAUAGCUUUAAAAGAAGAUUAGACAAUGUUAUGGGGGAUAAGGCUACCAGUGGCUGUUGGGCAUGGAGCAUAGUCAUCAUGGCUAUUCUUGAAGGCAGCAGGCUUCUGAAUAUCAGUUGUUGGAAACGGAAGGUGGGUUUCCCACAGGCAUCUGGUUGGCCACUGCAAGAACAAGAUGCUGGAACAGCUGGGCUGUUGAUCUGGUCCAGCUGAUGAUGAUGAUGAUGCACAAAUUUGCUAGCUUGAUUCUUGAGCUGUCAAUCCUUUACCAAGAAAUGUAAGCGCACACCUACCAGCACUUGUGAGAAUGCCAGGCAGUACAGCAAUUCUUGGGGAGGCGAGAUGUUUUAAGGGAGAUUGGUUAUCUCAGAUCCCAAGUUAUAGUAGCAGUGUUGAGAAUUCUGAUAUCACCUCCAAAAUAUUAGUUACAUAUUUAUAUGCAAUUUAGAGCCCAGUGUGGGGGGGAAAAACAUCCCCCAUGACAUGUUUAAUUUUUACUAUGUGUUUUGUGUUUUUUAUAUUGUAUUUUUAUGUUGCGAACUGCCUUGAUAUCUACAAAUGAAGAGUGGUGUACAAAUUUAUUAAAUAAAUGAAAAAUAAAUAAUGCUAGUUUACGACUGUGAUUGAACUUGCAAACAUGAACCCAUGACUUGACUAGACUAUUUUUUUCUUUCCCCCAGGCAUUUUUUAUCUUUUUAUUUAUUUCCAUUUCUAAAAAUUGUACACCACUUGAUUAUAUAUUUUAAAACCCUCAAAGUGGUUUAAAGAGAGAUAAAACAAUAAACUUAUUGGUAAAAUCAGUUAAAAACGGCCAUUUAAAAUAUUCAAAAAAAUUUAAAAUGAGCAUUGGUUUGCAUUUUUCACAGGUAUGUUCUGGUGCCUGCCAUUUUUCUGCUGCAUUGCUAUUUUAUUGUAUUGUAUUAUAUUCAAAUGGGACAUGGGUGGCGGUGUGGGUUAAACCACAGAGCCUAGGACUUGCUGAUCAGAAGGUCGGCGGUUCGAAUCCCCGCGACGGGGUGAGCUCCCUGCUCGGUCCCAGCUCCUGCCAACCUAGCAGUUCAAAAGCACGUCAAAGUGCAAGUGGAUAAAUAGGUACCGCUCCGGUGGGAAGGUAAAUGGCGUUUCCGUGCGCUGCUCUGGUUCGCCAGAAGCGGCUUAGUCCUGCUGGCCACAUGACCCGGAAGCUGUACACCAGCUCCCUCAGCCAAUAAAGCGAGAUGAGCACCGCAACCCCAGAGUCGGUCAUGACUGGACCUAAUGGUCAGGGGUCCCUUUACCUUUUAUUGUAUUCAAGGCCCCCCGGGGGGGGGCUUUGGCAGGCAUUCCACAGGAAUGUUGAGUCCAUGACUUGCUUUUCACUUCUAUGAAUAAGCAACAUGUGAAUACAGUGGUACCUCGGGUUAAGAACUUAAUUCGUUCCAGAGGUCCGUUCUUAACCUGAAGCAUGUUCUUAACCUGUUGUGCGUUGGAAGAGGGGUAGCCUUAUACGGCGAGUAUAUUCCAAACUCUGUAUUUUAACUGGAAAAGUUGGGGGUCGUCUUAUACGCCCAGUUGUGUUAUACACUGGGAAUACGGAAAAUUUGAACGUGGUUUGCACCAUUGAUGCUAUAAGUUACAUCUCUGGGUAUUUUGAGAGGGAAUCAUACAAAUAUGGCAAAUAAGUGGCUCACCUUAUCUUGCUAAGAUAUUUGUUUUGCUUUCAGACGCCUAAUAAAUGCUGAGCGACAUACUUUGCUUCACUGAAAUGGUGGACACAGAAAGCCAGCUUUGCCCCCUCCUUCCCUUAAAGGAUGAGGAUCUUGGUAGUCCUUUAUCUGAAGAAUUCUUACAAGAUAUGGAUUCCAUACAAGAGCUCUCACAAUCUAUAAGCGGGGAUAGUUCAGGAGCAUUAAGUGUAACAGACUUCCAGUCACUGGGAAAUGGAGCUGGGUCUGAUGGAUCAAUCAUCACAGGUAAGAAUGUUAUUAUCUAGAAUGGAUUUAAUCAGAUUUUGUUUUAAUGUAUGGCAGCAACCUUUUAUGUACCCUUGUGACACCUAAUACAAUUUGAAAUACUUGGUUUGCUAUAUUGCUGAAACAUGAUUUGGGAUUUGUGUAAACCAGGGGUCAUCAGUGUGUCCACCAGUAUCCCAAGGGACCUGCAAAAGAAACCCACCAUGCCCAAGAGACUGUUUGCUCUUGUUGCUCAGCUCUUGCCUCUUCUGUUUAGAACUCCCCGGCUUAAACAGGGGUUGCCAAGAUGGGACAGGCACACUCAGCCAUAAACUUGAUUGGUAGACACAAUACAGUGUGCUUGUCUAUUAUUUAUUAGAACCCUUUUCUUCCAUACUCCACCCAACCAUCCUCUAUAAGUUCAGUUGCCAUCAGAAUUCCAUAUUUUCUCACAGGUUCCUGUCAUGCAGUUGGAAAAAAGUAAUUUCUUUUAAUUCACAGAUAUAUAUUCUUUUGCUUAACUAGGUGCCUCUCAAAUAUUUUGAGUUGUUUUGUUUAGCUUCCAGGCUUAUAGGCUUUCAGUCACCUGAGUUUGCUGUUAGUAUUUGCUAACUUUUUUUUUUAACUUUCAGACUCUCUCUCGCCAGCAUCCAGUCCCUCCUCUGUGAAUUUUUCCACAGUUUCGGGUAGCAAAGAUGAACUGCCCAGUGCAUCGUUAAAUAUUGAAUGUAGAAUAUGUGGAGAUAAAGCUUCAGGCUACCAUUAUGGAGUCCAUGCUUGUGAAGGUUGUAAGGUACUGUCCACAAUAUUCUCUGCAUAACGAUAUUCCAGAAUAGCAAAUUAAUUACUUUAGAGCUGUUGAAUAAAAGUUUUUUGUUUUUUUAAUAGAAAUUAGUAGUUGGAUCUUAUUGAGAAGUGCUUUGUGAAGUUAGCAGUCCUAGCUUCAUUUACCUGGGAGUAAGCCCCUUUGAAUUCAGUAAAGCUAGACUUCCGGGGUGGCGCCAUCGGCAAUGGCGGACUCCCUCUGAACUGGAGGGACCAGCUCCGCAUGAAACGGGUCCUUUCUGCUAUGGCGAAGCGGGGACCCUUCCAGAAAUCACAGGCGGAUGAAGCCUGUGACCGUGGGACUCGGCGGGCACCCUUAGCGCCCCCCCAACCCGCAAAGGAACCCACUAACGGGCUCCGAAGCGAAGAGGGGGAAGUGGCGCGGUGCUGUGAGUCAAUUGCUUUUUCCGUGGAGCGAAGCUGCAUAGCCGUUGCCGGAGAGCGCUGCCUUUUUCCUGGGACAAUUUGGCAUCUAAAAUAAUCACCCGUGAGUACUUAAAUAUUGAACAAUUGGACUUUAAAUAAGAACUGGCAAGCAGAAAGGAAUUGGACUUAAAAAUUCACCUUAAUUUGGUACUGAAACGGGAAGGUCUAAACAGGAAGUCAGCCUUCCGUUUCCUUGUAGUCAGAAUAAAGCAAAGACAACGUAACUAGAGCCUAGAAAAUCACUUUCAAAGGAUUGGUUUUCAUCAUUUAAAAUUGUUGAACCCCCCUUCGGUAGCAGGAGAAGAAGGGGGACCUUUUUUGGACUGUUUAAACCUGCAGAAGUGAGUUUAAAGCAAAGUAACUUUCCACCGUCCUGAUCCUGGAGCGGGGUGUCAGAAUUGACGUUUGAAGCUCAUUGACCAGAGACAAAUGUCUUGGACAGAUAGCUAAAAGAAGAGUAAUAUUGUGAUCCCAUUGUUUCCUUUCGCAUUUUAAAGGAACAAAUAUUGACAAAGUAUUUUAAAAAAGAAACUUUGUUGUUAUUGUCCUUAAAAGAAAGAACAACCAGAAGUUUUCCCCCUAGAGGGGGACUGUGAAACUGUAACUAAUUCCAGGGAGCUUGCAGCUGCCACAGAUUACAACCGUGGGAAAGGACUUGUGACCUUGCAGGACAAUGUUUUCAGAAGCACUGUUGUGUGCUCUCUGUAAAGUAAAUGCCCUAUUGGAUCAGUUAAGUCAGAAGACUCAUUUGAUGACUAAUGCGGUCAGAACUUUUGAACAGGUAGUGGGAAACUAUGUGGAGCCCACCCAGGAACUAAAACAGGAGUGUGCCAUGACAGAACAGUUAAGAGAAGAGGAUGUUGCUGAAUCUCGAGCGCCAGAGAUGGAGGGAGCUGCGGCCCAGCAGGAACAUGAACUCUUGGAUUUGAUAAAUGAACUUGGAAAAAGCCAGAUUUGGAAAGAUAAAGUUUGGGUUGGCUUGGAAAUGGGGGGUUGGAUAGACCCCCCUAAAAUGGACUUUUCGAGUCUGGCAAUGGGCCGUCAGAUGUUUGGAGCUGUGGGGGCUCUUAAUUUUGGAGGGAAUCUGAAACAUCUCUUUAAAUACUACAUGGAGUCUAGUCUAGACUAUGGAAAAGGGGCCGACUUGUUGAAAAGGGUCAAAAACAUUACCAAGCUGGAGUUCCCACGAGUGAAAGGAAAAUAUGAAGAAGAGCUGCGGAAGGGACAUGGAAGUGACUUGAGGGCCUCGGAUAUAAGAUUACCAGGUUAAUGUGCUAGAUCAAUGGGAUAAAAAGGACUGACAAACCCGGGACCAGGAGGAAGGGACGCUGGAUGAAGACUGGAUUGUUUUUAUUUCUUUUUUUAUCAUUAGGAUUGUUUUAUAAAAUCGAUGAAUAUUGGAAAAAUGUUGAAAUGAAAUUACUUGGCUCUUGCAAUAAUGUUUAAAGAAUUAGGUAAAAAUGUUAUGAUUAUGAGAAGUUGGUAAAAAUAAGAUUUAAGUUUUAAGCUUUAAGGUUUUCUAUAAGAUAAGAUGAAAAUAGAUUAAGGUAAUGUAAAAUGUUAUGGUUAUGAGAAGUUGGUAAAAAUAAGAUUUAAAAAUUUUAAGCUGUAAGGGUUUCUAUAAGAUAAGAUGAAAAUAGAUUAAGGUAAUGUAAUGACAGAAUACUGUGAAUUAUGGAAAGGAUUUGCUGCGAUAACUAUUAAUCAGGAUACAAGAAAAGGGAGGAGGAGGAGUUCAAGAAAGAAGGUAAUGAAAGUGGAGAAUUUGAGAAUGAUGGUCUUAUUUUUUCUUUUUCUUUUUCUGUAUUAUUGUAUUUAAAUAAUAUUUAUUGAAAAAAUUUCAAUAAAUAUUAUUUUUUUUAAAAAAGAAUUCAUUAAAGCUAGCUUCUGAGACAUGGGGAGAAUGUGCUGUAAGUUUCUAAGCAUGAUUACUUGGAAACAAACUCUAUUGACACCCAUGUGCCUUACUUCUAAUUAAUUUUGCUUCAAAGUAUAGUGUGUCAUUUUUUUACAUGAAGUUUUUUGGUAUUACAACUUAAAUGUAAACUAUGAUUUAAGAUGGAAACUACCUUUUCCUGUACACAGGACACAUAACUAUGUUGUUUUACUAUACACAAUUCAGUCAGAAAAUUACAUUACUGAAAAUAGUCUGGAAUAAGUUUAUAACUACUUUGCUCAUAAACCAGGCUUUUGUUUGAUGUUUUGAGAAUGGUUUUAUUUGACCAUUUUGUAAAUUGGACAAUGGCUUCAGCUUUAGUAAGACUCAGCAUUCCUCAGUUUGUUCAUACCUGAGCACAACUGUAAUGGGUUUGGGCAGGAAUGUGCUUAAGUGUGGAUUGAGGGAUAGCCUCUGAUGCUCUGGGUUAUCCUUCUCCAACCUGGUGCACCCUAGAGGUUGUGGACUACAAUGUCCUCCUCCUCCUCCCUCUCUUCUUCUUUGGCGAUCACUCAUAGCCGAGUAAGAUUGUCUUCCAUAAACACAGUUUUAACAGUGAGUCCGUAAGUGACUGUGGAGGCCAAUUCUGGAUCCACAAUCCUUCCACAGUGGGGACAUUGGUUUCCAGGUGGGAGUUGAUCACAGUGUGGAUUUGCAAGGCGUGCCUCCCUCUUAGCAUGUUUCUCCCUUGCGUACUGAGUUCGAGUGUCUUCAAAGCCCAUGACACCUUUGGUAAAGGCUGUUCUCCAACUGGAGCGCUCACAGGCCAGUGUUUCCCAGUUGUCAGUGUUUAUACUACAUUUUUUUAGAUUUGCCUUGAGAGAGUCUUUACACCUCUUUUGUUGACCACCAGCAUUACGCUUUCCAUUUUAAAGUUCAAAAUUGAGUAGUUGCUUUGGAAGACGAUCAUCAGGCAUCUGCACAACAUGAUCCGUUCAACAAAGUUGAUGUUGAAGAAUCAUUGCUUCAACACUGGUGAUCUUUGCUUCUUCCAGUAUGCUGAUACUAGUUCGCCUGUCUUCCCAAGUGAUGUGUAAAAUUUUUCGGAGAAACCACUGAUUGAAUCUUUCGAGGAGUUGGAGAUGGCGUUUAUAAGUGGUCCAUGUUUCACAAGCAUAUAGUAAGGUUGGCAGUACAAUAGCUUUGUAAACAAGCAUUUUGGUUUCCCUGCGAAUGUCCCGGUCCUCAAACACUCUGCACUUCAGUCGGGAGAAAGCCGCAUUGCAGAGCUCAGGCGAUGCUGGAUUUCAGCAUCAGUGUUGGCCCUUGUGGAAAGAUAACUGCGUAGGUAGGAGAAGUGAUCAACAUUUUCCAACGUUACAGCAUUGAGUUGGGUUUGUGGCACUGCAGAGGAGUUAUUUUGUACUUGCUGGUGCAGCACUUUGGUUUUUUGGAUGUUGAGUGAUAGGCCAAGCUUUUCGUAAGCUUCUGCAAAGAUAUUUAGGAUGGUGUGAAGAUCAUCCUCUGAGUGUGCGCACACUACGUUGUCAUCAGCGUACUGAAAUUCUAUGAUGGAAGUUAUUGUAACCUUACUCUUUGCUUUCAGCCUGCUCAGAUUGAAGAGCUUUCCAUCUGUUCGAUAUAUGAUUUCCACUCCGGUGGGGAGUUUCCCUUCGACAAAGUGUAGGAUCAUGGCAAUGAAAAUAAUGAAUAGAGUUGGGGCAAUAACACAACCCUGUUUAACACCUGAUCCCACUGUGAAUGGUGCACUUUGAGAGCCAUUGUUAUCUGCGAUUGUUGCUGUCAUAUUAUCAUGGAGGAGCCGAAUGAUGUUUACAACUUUAUCUGGGCAGCCAAUUUUCAGAAGGACAGUCCACAGGGCAUUAUGAUUUACAGUGUUGAAAGCCUUAGUCGGGUCAAUAAACGCCAUAUACAGGGGUUGGUUUUGCUCUCUGCAUUUUUCUUGAAGCAGUCAAGCAGUGUAAAUCAUGUCCACUCUCCUCCUAGAACCAUUUUCAGAUUCAGGAAGGGUCGCCUCGGAUAUUCCUGCUUGGCAGGGGGUUGGACUCGAUGGCCCUUGUGGUCUCUUCCAACUCUAUGAUUCUAUGAUUGUUAAGAGAUGGUUUGCUAAGAUCCUUGCAAGAAUUUUGCCAGCUGCAGCUAAUAGAGAGAUGCCUUGAUAGUUUCCACAAUCAGUUCUGUCACCUUUUUUAAAAGAGAUUGAUAAUUUUGGCAUCCCUAAAGUUUGCUGGGAUUUCUUCUCUUUCCCAGAUUUUUUUGAUGAGCUUGUGAAGUUGUUGCGUAAGUUCAGUUCUGCCCACUUUGAAGAUUUCAGCCAAUAGUUUGUUCACAGGCUGCAAUAAUGGAUGGUCCAGUGUUCCUCAAUGUUAUCAGGGAAUUCUGAAAGCAGAUAGUCCUUAAGAGUUGUUCGGAAGCAAUCUCACUUAAUGGGAUCUUGAAGCACUUGAGUGUUCAUUUUGCACCUUGGUCUCCUUCCUUGUAGCCUGCGUUGAGGUAUAAUUUUGAUAGCCAUCAUGGAGCGUAUUAGUCAGUAAUCUGUCCAGCAGUCAUCGGUGCUCGUCAUAGCUCUGAUAAGGAGCACAUCAUGGCGAUCUUUAGCACGGACAAUGACAUAGUCUAAGACAGCGGUUCUUAACCUGUGAGUCCCCAGAUGUUGUUGGACGACAACUCCCAUCAUCCCUGAGCUCUGGCCUUGCUAGCUAGGGGUGAUGGGAGUUGUAGUUCAACAACAUCUGGGGACCCACAGGUUGAGAAAUGCUGGUCUAAGUGUUGGUUUCUGCUUUCCUUCACUGUGCAGCUCUGCUUGUCACGAGACAGGUGUUUACAUUCCACAGUCUGUACUGUUGGAGUUUCUCACGGGAAAGGGAGACUGGAUGUGACGUACACUGGUUUCCUGUUUUUCACUGUGUGAUUCUCUCCGAGCUGUCGAGGAGAGAGGAUGCAUUCUCUGCUCCGGCAGAGGCAAGAUGUCUUUCUGUAAUAUACCAGCUUUGAACUGUAAAUAAAGCAAUAUAGAGUAUGCAGCACGUACUCCUCAUCCUUCCGCUGGGCACGACAGACUCUGCUUUAAAUCAACACGUGGUUAUGGGCCCAGAGGUCGAAUCGGAGUGCCGGCAAAGGAUCGGAAUGCAGAGGGACAGAUCGGAACGGAAUCUGCUCUGCGCGUAGAAGUGAUUGAUGAGGUAUGUGCUACUGCUCCGGGCAGCCUGCCAGCUUCAAGUUAAUGGCUUUAUGGCUGGACUUUGAACUUUUAAAGCCGGUUUUGCCGGGAAUAGGCAAAAGGGCUCCCAGGCACAAGUCACUAUGCUGGGAAAUCGAAGUAACUUUUAAGUGCGCUUUGUAAUGAAGCAGCUGCAGCAGUGACGCAGCAAGAUUUAAAGCAGCAUAUGACGCUGAAGGCUAAUGCCAGAGUCAUGAUGGCCCUUCAGGAUGCUUGUGGGAUUCCUAAGCUCAACAAGAAAAAUUACAGCGACUGGGUUCAGUAUGCAGAGGCAAUUCUGCGGAAAGAGGGUUUGUUUGAGGUGAUUACAGGAACCCCCAGUUCCAGUUACAGAUGCAUGGGAAGCUAAGGAUUCCAAAGCAAGGGGAACUCUUACAUUGAUAGUAUCCCCAGAAGAGCUCUGUCUAUUGCGUGAUAAGACCUCAGCCAGAGAAAUUUGGGACGCUUUGAGAGAGGCUCACUUAAGGACAGAAGCUGGAUCCACUAUGUUUUACUUUAACAAGCUGCAUAAUAUGGCUCUUGCUGAAGGUGGAGAUGUGCGUUUACAUCUAAUGGAGAUGCAAAAUCUGAGACAUGAGCUGCAACAGAGAGGACUCAACUUUCCAGAGGCUGUGUAUUCUUUCAUGAUACUACAAUCUUUGGGUUCAGGUUGGGAGUCUGUUGCAACCCAGAUUGCUGUGCAACCAACUGCUCAGCUGACAGUGGACUUUGUUACUGCCGUGAUUUUAAAUGAAGCAGAUCGCCGGGGUGCUAGCUGCAUGGGCAAGGGAGUCUUCACAGACGUCAUCCCAUAGUGCAGUGGAACCACCAGAUGGCGCCAAAGCUUUGAAGGCAGUGAAAUGCUACUCGUGUGGACGUCUAGGCCAUAUGAAGAGGGAAUGCAGACAUCCCAGGGCCAAGACAGAGCAGCGCAGCGAAAGCUCAUCGCGCGGAAAAGGCCGAGGCAAAGGCAAAGGUCCGGUGUCUAGGACAACGCAGCACAAGGCUAUGGUUUCACGCUUCACUCCAAAGGUUGCAGAGGUCCAGAAGACGUCUAGAUCUUUCUUCGUUGUUGAUUCAGCGGCCACCCACCACAUGUGCAACGAUAAGAAACUGUUUGUGUCUUUUACACCGCAGGAAGGUGCGAUUCACCAGGCGGAUGACCACACUAUUCCCAGUAAAGGCUACGGAACUGUUGUUCUUCACAGUUUGGACUUAUCGAUACAGAAUGUGCUUUACGUGCCAGACGCCAAACAUAAUCUGCUCAGUGUUGGACAGCUGAAUGAGCGGAACAUUGACGUUUCCUUCAAGAACAAGAAGUGCAUCAUCACAAAGAAAAAUGAUUAUGUAUUGCAUGCAGAAUAUGUUGAUCAUUUGUUUGUUUUGUAUUAUGAUGAUGUGGUGCAGGAUGACACUUGUUGCAUUGCAGGUUCUAACAAAAGUUUGCAUGCAGAAUGUAUUCACGAUUUUCAUCGAAAAUUUGGUCAUUUGCAUUUUGAGGCAGUAUCUAAAAUGCCUGCCUUGGUUGAAGGUAUGACUAUUAAACCCUGCAGGUACCACAUGAAGUGCAAAGCAUGCGCAGCAAACAAAGUGAAAAUGGCUGCGAAAGGUAAGGUGUCUAGUAGGACAGCUACAGAACCAUACCAGGUUGUUCAUGCUGAUUUGGUUGGACCACUAGCGCCCUCUUUGGGUGGAAAUAGAUACUUCAUGGUUCUCAUUGAUGCAUUUUCUAGAUAUAUUUUUGUGUACAAUCUCAAGCAGAAAUCGGAGGCUUUUCCUAGGUUCAAGGAAUUCUGUGCUUGGUUGGAAAAUGUGCAUGGUAAGAAGAUAAAGACUCUUUUCAGUGAUCGCGGGGGAAUUCACUUCUCAGCAGUUUGAAGCUUUUCUGACUGAGAAAGGAAUUCAACACGAUUUGUCUAGUCCUCGCUCGCCAUGGCAGAAUGGACUUGCGGAACGGGCAAAUCAGACAUUGCUUCAAGGGUUAAAGACCUUGCUGCAUGAUGCCAAUCUUCCAGAGAGUUAUUGGGCCGAAUCUCUCUCGUGUUUUGUUUACAGUUACAAUCGCAGGUUAUCUUCAGCGAUUGGUUGUACCCCCUAUGAGAAGAUGUUUGGCAAGAAGCCAUACAUCAAACACAUGAAGAUUUUUGGUUCUGACAUGUGGGUUCGCUCACCACAAAACUCCAAGUUAAACAAGCGUGGAUUGCAUGGUAUCUUUCUAGGUUAUCAGAAAGGGUCUUACAGAAUAAUGAUGACUGACUCUAAGACAAUUAAGCUCACGAGAAGUGUUGAGUACAAUGCAAAGUGGGGGAGAAUGUGGGAAUUUUCCAAUGUUAUCCUGAUGACGGUGAUGAGACUGAGGAUAGUCAAAAGCAACCACAACAACCCACACCCACUGAUGAAGGUUCUGAGUCUGAAUCUGAAACUGAAUCGGGUGAUUCAGAGGAUUUCGAGAGUGCGAAAGCCUCUAUGCGACCCUCUGAAAGCUCUGAUCAAGAAUUGGAGGAACCAUUGUUCACAAUAGGUCGUUUUUCUCCUAAGAAGGAAGAGGAGAGUGUUGAAGACUUAAGGCUAAUUCGUAGGUCACAGAGAGCCACAAAAGGCAAACCUCCAAAGAGAUUUGCUGAUGAGUUUGCUACGAUAGCAGUAACAGCUGUUAAAAGCUCCAAGAAGGUAUUUGAACCUUCAAGUUUCCAAGAAAUCCAGGGUUUGGAUUCAAAGGAAGCUGAGCCAUGGUUAAAUGCCAUGAAGGCUGAGCUUGAUUCCUUAGAAAGGAACAAAACAUGGGAGCUAGUACCAGUAGUUCAAGGAAUGAAGCUUCUGGAAGCAAAUGUGUCUUCAAAGCGAAGACAGAUCAAAAUGGCAAGAUAGUCAGACACAAAGCCAGAUUGGUAGCCAGAGGUUUUGCACAGGUACCAGGUCAAGACUAUCACGAGACCUAUUCACCCACAGUGAGAUAUGAAAGCAUUAGGCUUAUGCUCAAGCUAGCUGCAGAGGAAAAUCUACACAUUAGUCACCAUGAUAUUAAUACAGCUUUUCUGUACGGAUCUCUAGAUGAAUCACUUUAUAUGCUUCCACCUGAUGGCGUACAGGUAAAACAGGGAUUUGUUUGUGCUCUGAAGAAAUCCCUUUAUGGUCUCAAACAAAGUGCACGGUGUUGGCACACAAAACUCACUGAAGUAUUGUUUUCUCUAGGUUUUCAGCAAGGGAAAGCUGAUCCAUGUGUAUUUGUCAAAGAGGAGGGGCAAAAGAAACUGUACUGUUUGUUUUAUGUUGAUGAUUUAUUAUUCUUUUGGAAAGAUGUUGCAAUGUACAAUAGCGCCCUAGCUCAACUGAAAGAGCACUUUGACAUGAAAGAUCUUGGUGAGGUAAACAACUACCUAUCUCUGGAAAUAGAGAGAGAUCAAGAUGGUAACAUUCUAGUACACCAGUCACGGAAAAUUGCUGAUGUGUUAAGCAAACUAAAUCUGAUGGAUGCUAACCCUGUAGACACACCGAUGACAACAGGUUAUCAGGUAGAUGACACUGAAGAAGCAUUUUCUGACACUACACUGUACAGGAGUGUGCUAGGCAAGCUAAACUUCAUUGCCAGAUGUUCAAGACCAGACAUUGCUGUUAGCUGUAAUUUGCUAAGCAGACAAGUCAACAAUCCUAGUGUCAAGGAUUGGAAAGCUCUGAAACGCAUAGCGCGGUAUUUGAAAGGCACUAUGCAUUACAGACUGAGAUUUAACAAUCAGAAGUCUGGUGGUCUUGAGAUAUUUGCAGAUGCAAGUUUUGGAAGUGACGCUACAGACAGGAAAAGUACGUCUGGAGUUUGCUACAUGUACAAUCAGAGUCUGUUUGAUUGGUCAUGCAAGAAGCAAACAACAAUUAGCUUAAGUACUUGUGAAGCCGAACUGAAUGCACUGUCUUAUUCACUUAAGGAUUGUGAGUGGUUAGUACAAUUGUGCAAAGAUAUGAAAAUUCCUGUCAAAUGUCCAAUCCAGGUUUACCAGGACAACAAAGCAUGUUUGGCUUUGCUGAAGUCUGAAGGUUGUAAGCAAAGCACAAAGCACUUGCAAUUAAAGUUGCAGCAUGCUAGGGAAUGUAUUCAGAAGGGACUCGUAACGGUGUCCUAUAUGCCAGGUAAUGAAAUUCCUGCUGAUGUAUUGUCCAAGAUUGUAUCAAGGGAUCAACACUGUACCUAUGUGCAGAAGUUGGGUUUGUACUGAUAUUGUGCAAACACGCUGCCCAGUGAUGUUCACAGAAAGGGGGAGGAUGUUGGUUUCUGCUUUCCUUCACUGUGCAGCUCUGCUUGUCACGAGACAGGUGUUUACAUUCCACAGUCUGUACUGUUGGAGUUUCUCACGGGAAAGGGAGACUGGAUGUGACGUACACUGGUUUCCUGUUUUUCACUGUGUGAUUCUCUCCGAGCUGUCGAGGAGAGAGGAUGCAUUCUCUGCUCCGGCAGAGGCAAGAUGUCUUUCUGUAAUAUACCAGCUUUGAACUGUAAAUAAAGCAAUAUAGAGUAUGCAGCACGUACUCCUCAUCCUUCCGCUGGGCACGACAGACUCUGCUUUAAAUCAACACUAAGAGGUGCCAUCAUACCUCCAUCAUAUGUCCAUCAUACCUGACCAUUGGCCAGGCUAGCUGGGGCUCAUGGAAAUGUAGUCCAGAAUCUGAAGGGCACCAGGUUGGGGAAGGCUUCUUGGGGAGGCUGGCUUUAGCAUACAAUACAUUAUGAAAUGAGUAUCAUAAUGCUUUUACUGACAGAUAAUUGAGAGAUUUGUACUGGGGCAAAAUAAGGAUUCAUCUAGUAGCAAAGCGAGCUAAAGAACUGGAAAUAAAGAAAAAUUGGAAGUGCCUAUGAAAAAUGCCAUAUAAAGAAUUAUUGGUACACAUGCCUCAUGCGAUCUAUUUUAACACUAUGCUAUUAACUCAAAGUAUCUCAUUUGACUUGUUAUGUUCAGAGUUCCAUAAACUUGGGCAGACCUUGGUAACCGAGGCAAAACUUGUAAUUGAGAUCCUGCUGGAACAGAUUUAUGCAUAUCUACUCAGAAACAAGUCUCACUGUGUUCAGUGGGGCUUACUUAUAAGUAAGUGUGCUUUGGACUGCAGAUAUGCAUAAAUUUGGGCUGUUGGCCCCUGACCUCUUGCUGUAUCCUCCAUACAAUAUUAGGGUCCAUUGCCUGCUUCCCUCCUCUGCCUUCCAAGUCUGUAGCUGGAGACAGGGUGGCAGGGUUUCCACAACCUACACUAGGCAUUGGAGGAGCUUGGAAAACCAGGUUCACUGUGGGAAUAGUUUCUGCCAUGCUUUUAACUCUGAGAAUAGUGUUAGAGGAGGGGAGCAGGAUCUUGUAUAGUGGCACCAUGCAACCCAAACAGCCACCCCUGCCUUCCCCUCUGGGACUUGUUUUGCUGGUUGGCUGGGUGUAGAAACACUUGGCCUGUCUACUGUCUACAUAUGGCCAUUGGUGGUUGCUGGCAGAGGCACUCCUGCCCACAGCUUUGCUCAAACAUCUGCCUCCACCUUUCUCUUUAGAAAAGGAAUGUUUUGGCUAAUAUUGGCAGUGGGUGACAGAGGCUUUUGGAGUGCACGGGUCUCCCACUCUUGAGAGAGGCUCUUGAGAGCCAGUGUGGUGUAGUGGUUAAGAGCGGUAGUCUCGUAAUCUGGGAAACCGGGUUCGCGUCUCCGCUCCUCCACAUGCAGCUGCUGGGUGACCUUGGGCAAGUCACACUUCUUUGAAGUCUCUCAGCCCCACUCACCUCACAGAGUGUUUGUUGUGGGGGAGGAAGGGAAAGGAGAACGUGAGCCGCUUUGAGACUCCUGAAGGGGAGUGAAAGGCGGGAUAUCAAAUCCAAACUCUUCUUCUUCUUCUUCCCACUGGCCAAACAGCAGCUCCUUUCUAGCUUUGAGCUGGAGAGGUGGGUGGGAAUCAUUUCUCAUAAUUGCAUCUCUAAAGCUUGGUGCAACUGUGUGGGAUGUUUUACCACCUUCGCUUCAUCAGACUUGCCUUUGGGGAGUUGGCAGAGCUGCAGAAGGUUGUUGAAUAAGAUUUGCAUUAAUUGUGUUGGAAUUUACCUGUGUAAAGUUGGAAGUCUGUUUUUCUGAUAACACACGAUAAUUUAGGUUCCCACAUGUCUUGAUUCUAUAAAAGCUUCAAAUGUCCCAAUUAUUUCAUGUAAUCUAAGCAAAUAAUUUGAGUGGUGGUGUAAUUUAGUGGACAGUUUGUUUGGAAUUUAAGAUCGGAUUGAAAUUGCUAGAUUCCUGUUCUAAUAAGGGCUAGAGAUAGUUUAAGAGAACUGAAUGUGGUUGGAGAGAGUUAUCCCUGCACAAAAUGUUUACACACAUUUUUGUCCAGCUGAGGCUUCCGUUGACUCUAUCUAUCUACAAUUCUUAAAGCCCUGGCAAAGCCAGAAAUGAUGGUAGGAAUAAUAAAAACAAAGAGUCCUUUGGCACCUUAAAGACUAAUACCUACAUUGGUUCAUAAGUUUUUGUAGACUAUAGUCUACUUCAUCAGAUGUACAAAGUAUUAUCCCGAGUAGCAGAUAUGUCAGAAGGAAAUGAAAUGCAAAAAAGUAUGGAUGCUAAUAAUGAUCUUAUAAACAGGGAUCAUACACAAAGGAACAUAAUUUAUAACACAGACAUCCUUAUACUACUAAACCAGUUACCAUGUAAAUUAUCCUUUAGGUAAGGUAUUGAACAGAUCCACUGAAAACAUUAACACCCUGAGUAUAUAUGAGAUGGGGGAAAUUAAGAGCCUGAAAAUCUGGCUCUUAUGUCUGUGUUAACCAUAGGUUGAUAUGUUCAUCAGAGCAAGGAGGAGUUUCACAAUGUAGUAUUAUGUGUAAAUUAAUAUUUUACAUAAAAUUUGCUACUAUUACUCUAACAUCUACAUACUGUAUAGCUGAAUUGGGGGGGAAUGUAUAGAACGAUCCUAGACAUUUUUACUUGGAAGUAAGUCCUACUGUCUUGAAGUGUUUUCUCAUAAAAAACAGGUUUAGGAUUGUAAUGCAAUUCAAAUAUAAGAAGCUUUUAUUAUAUCCUAAUGUCUGGUCUUUAAACUUUUCACAGGGCUUUUUUAGGCGAACAAUCAGACUAAAACUUAUAUACGACAAGUGUGAUCGCAACUGCAAAAUUCAGAAAAAGAAUCGAAAUAAAUGUCAGUACUGCCGUUUUCAAAAGUGCCUUUCAGUUGGAAUGUCUCAUAAUGGUAGGUAAGAGUGACCAUAAUUUUUGUUUUACUUCAACAAAAAAUAAGUUGGAGAAUGAUUCUACAUGGAUAGCUGGUACGACAUCUUAUGCAAAUACAGGACUGAAGCAAACAUGGUUUGGAUUCAUAUGUUCCCAUCCAGAUAUGGAAUACAUUUUCUGCUCAUGCAAAUAUUGUUCUGUAUCUUGUGCUAGAAAAGUCAAAUCCAAAGUUGAUGGUCUACUUGCACAAACAGAAACAUGAGAACUGCUAUAGGAGCCUACUAAAUAUAACACUGCGUGAAUGUUUGCGCAAGCAUUUAUUGAAUGCCAUGUUCCUUCUGUUCUCCAGUCUUCGGAUCUAGUUUGAUGUCAGAAGGUGAAGAAACACAGAAUUGUUAUGAGCAAUUCCAGAUAUUGCAAGGUAGCAAAGGGAAAAGAAUGGAAUCAUCGUAGAGUUGGAAGGGACCCCAAGGAUCAUCUAGUCCAAUCCCCUGCAAUGCAGGAGCCUCAUCUAAAGCAUCCAAGACAGAUGGCCAUCUAACCUGUGCUUAAAAACCUCCAAGGAAGGAGAGUCCACAACCUCCUAUUGGAGUCUGUUCCAUGGUUGAACAGCUCUUACUUUCAGAAAGUUAUUCCUGAUGUUCAGUCAGAAUAUCAUUUCUUGUAACUUGAAAUCACUGGUUCGAGUCCUACCCUCCAGAGCAGAAGAAAACAAGCUAGCUCCAUCUUUCAUGUGACAGCCCUUUAGAUAUUUGAAGAUGGCUAUCAUAUCUCAUCUAAGUCUCCUCUUUUCCAGACCCUUAAUUGUCUUGGUUGCUCUCCUCUGCCCACAUUCCAGCUUAAACUGUGGUGCCCUUUUUCCAGGAUGAUGAGGAACCAUUAAUUAAUACACUUUGGGUCAGUCAACCAGCUACAAAUCCACUUAACAGUUACCUCAUUCAACCCACAUUUUGCCAGUUUCAUCACAAAGAAUAUCAUGGGGGGCUUCGUCAAAAGCCUUCCUGAAAUCAAGGUACACUAUGUCCACAGCAUUCCUCUGAUCCAUCAAGCUUGUGACGCCAUCAAAAAAAGAAAUGAGAUUUGUCUGACAUGACUUGUUUUUGAGAAACCCUUGCUAGGUCUUAGUAAUCACAUCAUCCUUUUCUAAAUGCUCACAGACCGACCAUUUGAUUAUCUAUUCUAGGACCUUUCCUGGUAUUGAAGUCCACUGGUCGGUAGUUACCUGCAUCCUUUUUCCCCUCAUUUUUGAAGAUGGGGACACCAUUUGCCCACCUCCAGUCUGCAGGGACUUCACCUGUUCUCCAAUAAUUCUCAAACAUCAUAGACAAAAGCUCUGAGAUUACAUCUGCAAGCUCCUUUAGUACCCUCGGAUGCAGCUCAUCAGGCCCUGCAGAUUUGAAUUCAUUUAAAGCAGCUAGGUGUUCCCUUACCACCUCUUUUCCUAUCUUGGGCUACAAGCCUCUAAUCAGUUUCAAACUAUUCACAUAUUGAACAUUGUAGUUAAAAUUCAUUCACAAAUUUCAAUGUAAAAUUGCUACAAUAGGACACAGAAUGUUGCUAGGUCUGAAUCUGAAGGUGCGCCAUUCUGAGAUAACGCCAGUGACUGAAUCAAUGUUAGGUUCCGCUUCAGUUGUUACACAGUUUGUGUGCUGUUGGUGCAGAUAGGAAUUCAGUUUAGGGAGGGACAGUACUGGUGGCUGCUAUAUUGGACUAUGGUCUGGUUGGUGAUACACAACUCAAAUAAGCCACUUCUUGGUUUUUAUUAAUAUAAGAAAGAUGUUUUUGAUGCAUUUAUCUGUGGGAAGUGUUUGUUUGCAGUUUUAAUGCAGUGUGUGGGAACUCACUACAUUAACACCCUAUUUCUUUCUGUACUUCAAAUUGCACCCUCUUCUUCUCAUUAUACAAAGCAUCACUCUGCACCUCAUGGUUGCCCCUUUUUCUUUCCCUACUCUACAGGUUUCUCCAAAGCCUCAUCUUUCUCCCAUCCAUUUAUUCUGUCUCUGUUUUUGCAGUGUUUCUUUCCUCUUCACACACCUUCUCUAAGCCUUCUUUCUCAGUUUAGCUGCAGCUUUCCAGCAAUUCACAUAAUUAAGGAGUUGUGGGUUAGCUACCCACAAAGGCUGUAAAAACUGUGGCACUGCUACCAUGUGCUUCUUAGUAAAAGGAGAUGAUGCAUUGAUGCAGUCAUUCUCCCACUUCUGAUGGACUUGAGUAGACCUUCCCCAAAAAGAUGUGGGAACGAGCAGACCCGGUAUCUUGAAUUCUUUAUGGGGUCACAAAUAGAUAGGAAUGGGGUCUCAGCCUGUGGGGCUAGUUUACUCCUUGUGCUGCUGUUGCUAGGAUCCUGGUAAGCUAGUAUUUGAGCUUAAGAUCAGGCUUACAACUGGAGAACAAAUGUUUUUGCUGUUCCACUUUAAAUAUGUUUUCUCCUCAGCGAUUCGAUUUGGACGGAUGCCAAGGUCAGAGAAGGCAAAGUUGAAAGCUGAAAUUCUAACAGGUGAUCAUUGUAUAGAAAAUUCUGAAAUCGCAGAUCUUAAAUCACUCGCCAAGAGAAUUUAUGAAGCGUAUUUGAAAAACUUUAAUAUGAACAAGGUCAAAGCCAGACUCAUACUUGCAGGAAAAACCAGCAACAAUCCAGUAAGUAUUUGCCAUCAUAAAGUUUAAAAAUAGCAAACUAAGCAAAUGGUGAGCUAAUGUGUAUGUAAGACAAGUAAAAGCACUUCUAAGAACUGCGGAUGGAACCGGCUGUGUUAGAAGAGGCAUUUCCCAUUCUCUCUCUCUCUCUCUCUCUCAGGUGUGGGAGGUGCUUAUUUGGUGACAUGCAUUAUGGAAAUUUCUUCAAAGUAUAUUAGUUUAUUUCAGUGCAAAUUUAUGUAGAUUUUAAUGACUAAUUGCUUGAUCUGUUAAAACCUUCGUAUGAGCAAAUUUUAUUUUAAUCUGGAGGCAGCCUUAUUAUUAUUAUUUGUUUAUUUUGAGGAUAUGUACCCCACCUUUAACAAGUUUUCUGGACAGUUUACAUAAAGUUAAAAAGACAGUAAAACAAAUAAAAGUAGAAAGAUAAAAAUUGCACAAUAUAAAAGAGCAGCAUGAAAGUAAUACUUAAAGAGAAUGUGCUCUGGAUACUUUUGUAAAUGGUGAGUUAAACCCACACCAGUCGUUCUGAGCAGCUUGUGACGAAAGCUUUCCUAAGGACUGGAACUUCGUAACUUCUGGCAUUUUGAAGUAUUGUUGCUAGGCAGUUGACUAUUGCAUAUUUAGCCAUUUUCAUAGAAGUAUACAUCUGAACUGGGCAGUCUCAUACCACGUAACCUCUUCAACUGCUUCUAAGCAAAUGAAAAAGAAAUAAAGGAUAUGGGGCUUUAAUUAUAGGGACACACACGCCCCUUGUCGUGUUGCCCGUAGAUGAGUAUGAAAAGUUGCAGCCUGUAUGCUGAAAUGGUCCCUUUUACUUUUGAGCCUGUUGUUCUAUGUGGUAGCCAUACUAGGCUAGGUGGUUUUGCGUUGGGGGUGAGAGGGACAGAAGGAAAGGGAGGUGGAAGAGAUAAAUUGGAGAUAUGUGAAACUUUAUCUGCUUGGCACAAGGAAACACAUAAUUUUUUUCUCACAAGUCCAACGGGAUUUAGAAGUGCUUAUCUUUUGGUUGGAUCUUGUCCUGAAGGUUGUUCCCCCUGCUCCCCCUCUUUUAGAGGAUGUAAGUCGAAAACGAAUCCACUAAAAAUACUAAUGCCAUAAUCCAGCCAAAGUUAAACAUCCUUCAGCCUCAUUCAUUUCACGUCAAGGGUGCCAAAUUUACACUGGACACUUCCUGAAGCAUAUUUGGCUGAGGGGGGGGAGAGAUCCCCUGGGGUGUGUUUGUGGGAGCAGGGGUGGUGAAUGAGAGAGACGGGGGGGGGAGAUUUUGUUACCGAAUGAACUUCUUUGACUGCAUUGGGAAAUGAUUAACUGGGUUUUAGAAAUGACUACGCUUGCAAUACCUUAGUUCUCCAGCAAAAGCAGCAAAGUUUUACAACAUCUAGUUUGAAAUGGUCUGAAAUGGCCUUACAUCAUUCCUCUCUAAUUGUAUUUACAUCAAAAGCAAAAAAAUGAACACAGGAUUGAAAAGAAAAUUGGGAUUGUUAUUUCACCAUUUAAAGGUGGUGUGUCUAUUUGAAUCAAUAGCCCUCAUUGCAGUAAAGAUUAUAUUAUUUUAAGAUCACAUGUAACUAUGAAAGUAUUCAGGCAAUGUAUGCAUAUAAUAAAUUGCUCAGUAUUCCACGACUACUUCUUACAAUCCCUGGUGGUACAUAGUAAACUGAUUUUGAAUGGUCAAUUUUCAAAAGUAAGUUGUAAUUUUGCCAGAGUUGCUAGAGUGUCAAAGAAAGAAAAAUGUGUUGUGUUUUUUUUUUAAUCCACAUGAAUAGUCCUAAUGAUGUGGGUUUUCCAGAAUAAACUGAAUUGGAGUCUUUACCACACUGAAUUGAAAUAUUUGGUUGAUGGGUGCAAUUCUGUCCAGGAUUACUCAGCAACAAAUUCAAUUAAUGGCAAUGGGACUUGCUUCCAGAUAGAUGGGCAUCGGAUUGUAGUUACAUUUUGCAAUCCUGUACUUGCCUUACGCUAGGUGUACACCUCUAUUGAAGCAGGCUCCAAAUCCAAUUCCAUGUAGUCAGGAGCAGGGAAGUACAACAUCAGGAGAAAUAAGCACAUCAGAAAAACAACCAAAUGCCCACAGCAUCUGCAGAAACAUUGCCACAGUCCACUAAUCAGGACUGUGGCAGUGACAACAUCCACAUGACACACAGGCAGCCAAUGAACCUGUACACCCUCCAAGACACACCCUGCGUUGCAACACACACAGUAAUGGACAAGCACCCUCACUCUAGCAGGCCUCAGUGGCACAGUCAGCAGUGCAAUAGCCAAGUGCUUUAAGACCCGCACUACCAGUUGGUACUUCCAGGAGGCUGGAGAAGAGACUUGCCAUCAUUGCUCUCCCCAACGCUUGCCUUGUGUCGCUGUCAGCCUCCUCUGGAGGAGAGGUGGGGGAGCCAGCUGUGUGCCAUCUACCCCUCCCUCUGAGCUGCAUUUAAGGCAGGCUCCUGGGAGUGCAGAAUCUUUAUUGGCAGUUAACUUUUGUUUUGCUUUGUACCUAUUCAAUGUACCUAUUCAACAACCUAGAUGCUUGUUGUUACUUAUAUUGAAUUUAUUCUGUGUUUGCCAAAUUGUUUUGUCGUUUUUGAAUUUUCUGACAUGUUCUGUAUUUUGUAUAGUCAUAUUUCUAAUACUCUGUAUUUGUUUUGAAAGUUUGCUUGGCAGGGGGUUGGACUCGAUGGCCCUUGUGGUCUCUUCCAACUCUAUGAUUCUAUGAUUCAUAGCUCAUUGUGGAAAAGCAGCAUAUGAGUGAACUCAGUCAGUGACUCUAGUACUGCCUGUUCAAAGGCAUUCCUCCAAAGGUGCUAACAUAAUUUUCUGGGCAAAGUGCACUGCAGAUCAGAUCCUCUACCCUCCCCUCAAAAGAUAAACAUAUUUGCAUAACAAUGGAAUAUGCUAAUUUACUUGUGUAGCUGCAGAUGUAUAAGUAAAUAAGUGAGAAGACUCUUACCAGGCAUAGCUGUCAACUUUUCCCUUUUCUUGCAAGGAAUCCUAUUCGAAAUAAGGGGAUUUCCCUUUAAAAAAGGGAAAUGUUGACAGCUAUGUUACUAGGUCAGGGGACAUAUUGUCCCCAUCUUUUUCCUUUGGUAAAUAUCAAACUGGUAGGAAACCUUUUUUAUAUGAAGGACCAUUGACCCACAGAAAAGAUAAAUUGAGGCACACACAGAAGUAAAAAGCUAUCUGAUUGGCAGGAUGUCAGCAAGCACGGCUUUUUCGUAGUUGUACUUCCAUGCUAGCAAAAACUUUUGUAUUCUUGCUUGCCGCAAAUAUAGUGCCUCUUCUGUUAUCGGUGUUUAAGGCACAAGAGCCCUGCUCUCCCACAAUACCAGUCCUAAACUAUAGAAAGAUCUCAGGUGCAUUAUAUAACGGUUGUUACUGUGGGUCUGUCAUGUAAGGCUGGAUACAUUUCAAGAUAAGGCGUGAUGUAUUAGAUGGAGGUGGUGUCAGAGUCAGUAUUAAAUGGUUAAAUGCAAAAGGUAUAUACUGUAAGAACAUUGGCUGUGAUCACUUUUUAAAUAUCCCAAUGACAAUAGCAGUGUUGUCAACACAGAUCAAACAAGCACCCUUUCCUUUUCUUUUUUGAGCAAAAAGGAUUUGACCCUUUGACAUUAAUAUGCUCAUUUAGGUGUUUAUACCAGCACCAGCAGCCUAUGCACCCAAACCCCCUAUUUUUUUCUGAUAGGCAGGGGAACUUUUUCCAACCUCAACCAUUAUCCUGAUCUUUAUAGACUUUUUCUUUUUGAUUUUUAUAUAUUUUUUAAAAAUAUAAAACACCCUAAUAUUUUAAAUUGUUUUUAUAGGGAAAUAAAUGCAUGUGCUGGAGCCCCAACCAAACUUGUGUGAUAUCUCCAUGUGCUCCUGCUCCCUUCCCCACACUAGUUGUCUUGUUUCCUCCUCCCUCAAGACCCAAUACAAUAAUUUUUUCAUUGACUAUUUUGAAUGCUGCUUGUGCAAUGAACAGGUGGCUUGGCUGACAAGUCCCUGCUGAAGGUGCUUCAAGUGCCUUCUCCUACGCCUGCAUAACUCUUCCUCUACCCCUCCUUGUGUGCAGUUGCCUGAUCUUGGGGUUCACCCAUGCUCACAGAUGUCCCCCUCUUGCUUGUGGGUGUGGGCAUUUUGGCUACAAAGCCAUUAGCAUGUGCCUUCCAUCUGCGGCUCUCUUUGCCUUCUGAGAAUAUGCCCCUGUGGGGUUGGGAUGCCAUUGUGAGAUGUGGUGCCCAAGGCUGUGGGUUCCAAACCUUUGUCUUAAAGCUUACUACCUUAGGCUGUGAGACUUAACUAUACAAGCAAAUCCACAAGGGGCAAAUGCUUCUGGUGGUGUCAUCUUACAGUGUAUUCAUUAUCUCUUUCAAAAUGCUGAAUGUUCUUGAACAAUUGAUUACAUGGGUGGAUCCCAUCUUCCAUUCAACCUGCUUCUGAAGAUACGCCUUCAGUAGGGGCUUUGAUUACAUUUGUUUUCUUCCUGUUAAUAUCUUAGUAUAUUCUAUUGCUAUUAGUAUAUUUGUAAAUAGUUAACAUAUUUACUUUUACUAUCUCUUUGUAGCCAUUUGUUAUACAUGAUAUGGAUACAUUGUGUAUGGCAGAGAAGACACUGGUGGCAAAACUGGUAGCCAAUGGAAUACAAAACAAGGAGGCAGAAGUUCGAAUUUUCCACUGCUGCCAAUGUACCUCCGUCGAAGCUGUAACAGAACUUACAGAAUUUGCCAAAUCCAUCCCUGGCUUCUCUAACCUAGACUUGAAUGACCAGGUGACACUAUUAAAAUACGGAGUUUAUGAAGCCAUUUUUGCCACAUUAGCCUCUGUAAUGAACAAAGAUGGAAUGCUAGUAGCCUACGGAAAUGGUUUUAUAACUCGAGAAUUCCUCAAAAGUUUAAGGAAGCCAUUUUGUGAUAUCAUGGAACCGAAGUUUGAUUUUGCAAUGAAAUUCAAUGCAUUGGAGUUAGAUGACAGUGAUAUAGCUCUUUUUGUGGCUGCUAUAAUUUGUUGCGGAGGUAAGACUUAAAGCUUCUAUACCUAUGUAUUCUAAUUAGUGAUUAUUUCCAUUUAUACUACCUCCCCACCUUUCUGCAAUAGUAUUCAGGGCAGCUAACAAUAGCAAUAAAGCAAUUAUUUAAGCAAGUAACAGUAAGAUAAAGAAUAUAACAGUAGAUUUUGGGUGGUUGAGAAACAGAUGGAAAGACUGGAAUAUUUCUUGCGUUAUACUGUGCUGCUGUUCCUCAUGGACCUCAUAUGAAUUUUACCUUUCCCUGUUUCUAGUAAUUUCCUUUCAUAAGUUGUUUGAGUUGGUUGAGAGCAAAAAUGGACAAAAGGAUAGCUAUAAAUGACAAGGCAAAACAGUUUAACAGAUCAAAAGCAUGUUUUUGUCUGUUUAAAAGCUGCUUUCUGUUUAUAUUGAUCUCGUGGUUUGUGGCUGUAUGAGGAUUUGAAGUGGGUUUUCCCUAGUCUAGCAGUCUUAAAAACUCUACCACCCUCAUUCUUGCAGUUAACAUUAGGGAGAGGGUCUUUUAGUGGGUCUUUCAGUAGGGUCUUAAGCAAAUAUAAUUUAUGGUCACAGAUUAACUCUUCUACAAUAACUUGAUGUGCUUUUUUCUGUUUUGGUGAACAGAUCGCCCUGGCCUUGUAAACAUAAGACACAUUGAAAAGAUGCAGGAGAGCAUUGUGCAUGUACUAAAACUUCACUUGCAGAACAACCAUCCUGAUGACAUCUUCCUUUUCCCAAAGCUUCUACAGAAAAUGGCUGACCUCCGACAGCUUGUCACAGAACAUGCUCAGCUUGUUCAGAUUAUCAAAAAGACUGAAUCUGAUGCACACUUACAUCCUUUACUACAAGAAAUCUACAAGGAUAUGUACUAAGGCUGUUUUUUGUUAUGUUUUGUUUUUUGUUUCGUAUGACGUGAAAAUACAAAAGCAAUAGAUGGGAGCAAACUACUUUGCACAGUUCUCUCUGUUGUGCUUUUAUUUCAAAGCAUUAGUGAGCUAAAAGGUAUGUAACUGCAAUAUCAUAUUUUUCUUGCCAGGAGUUAUUUUUAAGUACUUAAGAGAAACUGUAUAGUAUGUGUAAAAAAAGGCAAUAAGCUGUGAUUGACUUGAAAUUUGGGCAACAGUGGUAAUAUCAUUUAUAGUACAUCUGAACUUACUAACAACAUACACUUCUUCUGAAGUUUCUGCACUUUUAAGCCUUUCUCCCAUCAUCUUCAUUACUGUAAGAAAGCUAGGAGUUUGGGCCAGGAUCCAAAAGCUUUUAUGUGAUGUCCAUUAAAGCUUUAACAGCGUUUCUCCAAGAGCAGUCCUCCGUGCUAUGUGGUGAGUUGCAUUUUGAAACUCAAAGGUGUUUCAAAAGCAGAUUGGGAUUUGACAUGGUGGGGGCAGAGAUGUCUGCCAUUGAAAUAAGUCAUAUGCUACUGGUCAUACCCUAUCCCUUAAAUCAGGGAUAGCCAAUAUUGUAUUCUCCAGAUGUUGUGAACUACAUCUCCCAUAAGCCCCAGCCAGCAUGACCAAAAGUCAGAGGUAAUGUGAAUUGUGGUCCACAAUCCACCUGGCCUAGCGGGCGAGGCCCACACUCACCCAGCCCUACUGAAGAGGCUCCUCAUGAGGCCAGAGGAACAUCGCCCGGCUAUUGUUUUAUUAUUUAUUGAUUUAAUAUGCUGUACACCGCUUUGAGGUUUUUAUUAAAAAUAUAAAGCGGUAUAGAAAAUUUAAAAAUAAUAAAAUAAAAUAUCUGAAGGGCACCCUAGUCACUAGCCCUGCAUCUAAAGUACAGUAAGCCCGCAAUUUAUGCUGGGGUUAUGUUCUGGGGAUUGCGCUUAAAGCCAAAAUUGUGUAUAGUCAAAGUACAUUGGGCUCCCACACUGGCGGGUAGGAUUGCCAAAGUCUUUUCCCCCAGAUGUCUGCCCCCCUUUUAUUUAUUUUUAUUUUUGCCAAGUGCGUAAAACUGAAUGCGCACAAGCUGAAAGGUAAAUAAAUUGUAGGCUUACUGUAGUUUCUUUAGCUCCUGUCCCUACCUCAAUUGUUUUCCAUAAAGGAUUCAUUUUUUAAAAGCUCUCUUCCUACUUAAGGCUGCAAUCCUAUGCACAAUUUCUGGGAAAUAAAUUCCACAGACGUCACUGGGACUUGUGUAAGAUUGCUGUGUUGUUUUAUUUAUUUAACUGAAAUGAAAUCCCAUUGGCAUGUCAAAGCCAUAAUGAUAUUGGGAAAUAUAUUUCAUGAUGUGCAACCAGGCCCUCCCUCUUCCAUGGUUCAUGCCAAACUGCUUAUUUCCAGUCAGCUAUGCAGGAUCAAUACACAACAUUAAAAAACCUUAUAGUCAUGCAGAGCCAAUUCAUAAUAUCUUGUGUAUUCUGGUGCUUGAGUUUGAAUUUGAAACAUUGAAUUUCUAAAACAGCUCUGCUCUGGGCAAACUUCAUGUUAAGCUGCUGUUUAGUCUUAUAGUGAGCCAUAGAUACAACAAAGUUGAUGUAUCUGACAAAAUGUUGCUUCCAUGCAGCGCUGAAACAAGGAAUAGGAGUCAGAGUAGUGUGUUGUUUGGACUUGUGGAUAAUUUUCUAAUUCAGUGCCCUUUCUUCACUACCGAAGCAAUAAUACUGGGGGGGGGGGGGGGACGGGACAAACCGCAUAGAGGCCAAGGUGUUCCAAUACUGUAAUAAGUAGCUUAUUAAGGUUAUGUUUAAUCCAGAUGCUCAGCACUAAUGCAAGUUGUUACACGUAGUUUUUGUAUUCUAUAGACAAAAAUCGAUCAUAAAGGCUUUCCCUCUCCUGGACCCCUGAGAACUCUUUUUGGGGUGGGGGCAAUGAAUCUCAUUCAGAUAUCUCAGAACUUUCACCAUUCUGCAGUUGCCAGGAUUCUUUGGAGAAAGUCAUAACCUUUAAAAUGGUAUCAAACAUGUCUGCAGUGUAGAUGUGUCCCUAGAGCUCUUUAUAUCAGAUGCAUACACAACUUCUCACAACAGUGUUUCCUUUGAGGAUCAUUUUUAAUGGAUGCACAUGAAAGGCUGCAGAUAUUACAAAAACUGCUGGGGUUUGUUUGUUUUUAAUUCAUUGUAUUUCUAGGUGUGUGCAUUUGAUGUUUUUAAAUACUACUGUUUUAUAGGCUAGGGGCACGGGUGGCACUGUGGGUUAAACCACAGAGCCUAGGACUUGCCGAUCAGAAGGUCGGCGUUUCGAAUCCCCACAACGGGGUGAGCUCCCAUUGCUCGGUCCCUGCUCCAGCCAACCUAGCAGUUCGAAAGCACCUCAAAGUGCAAGUAGAUAAAUAGGUCCCGCUCCGGCGGGAAGGUAAAUGGCAUUUCCGUGCGCUGCUCUGGUUCGCCAGAAGCGGCUUAGUCAUGCUGGCCACAUUUUGGCUCCUAGGCCAAUAAAGCGAGAUGAGUGCCGCAACCCCAGAGUUGGCCACAACUGGACCUAAUGGUCAGGGGUCCCUUUACCUUUUAUUUUAUAGGCUACACACUGCAACUAGUCACAUGUGUCUGCUAAAACUGUAAUUUGUGAGGUCCUCUGUAUUCUUUAGGAUUGCUUCAUUUGUAUUCUGUGCAAAUACUUUUAUUAGAACACCUGUUUCAAAGAUAACAUUUUAUAAGAUCAUAGCAAAAUCAGUCACCUUGAUUUUGGAAGAAGAAGAAAAAUCCUAGAUCUGCUUUAGUUGGUUAUUUUUGUGGCAACUCCAUCUUUCCAUUAAAUAUCUUCCCACUAAAAUACAUGGAUGGCAUUUGCAAGAGGGGCUUUCUGUGAUUUUGUAAAAAGUAUUGGGUUUGUAUUGCAAGAUCCAAAUAGUUCCACCCUUUACAUUCUUAAUUACUUUACCGAAUGACAAUCCCUUAUUUUUAAAAUUUGACCUGGUUUCUGUAUAGCCUGAAACAGUAGCCUGCCUCAGGUUUCUGUUCCUGGCUACUAUAUGCUGGUUUUUCUCCAGAUCGUUUAAAUCCUUUGUAUUUCAUAAACCAUGGCUUAUUCAGACUGAAACCAAUAUUAGAGCCCUCUGGCUCUCCUCAUAUUGUGCCCCAGCUGUGGCAUGAAGAGCCUUGCUUAUAUUAAGGCCGGGCUCACUCUGGUGCCCAAGCUGGAGAACUCUGGCUUAAUGUCAACAAACUAGGAUCAUACCUGGGUUUUUUUUACCAUGUUGUUUUUAAAAGUUUGCAAGCUGCUGUUGGUUUCUAACUGACCAAUCACCAGCAUUUUGCUUUCUCUCUGUGGCCUUCCCUUUCGUGGCCUUCCAUGUAAUUUAGAAUAAUUUAGAAUGCUAUGGGAUGCAGUUGUAGGAUGAUGUGAAGAUUUCUAGUAUUUUGUGAAUACCUGUGGGUUGCACCUAUGAAUUACAAGUGCUGAAAUAACUUUUGAGAGCCUACAGAACUUCAGUAAUAUGUUAGUCAGUGGAUUUUAGGAGAAGCACUGUCAGAAAGUGCACUAGAAGACUGCUUGCACUAUCAUUCAGAGAACUCAGGAUUGGGACCAUAACUCAAGGUGCAACGUUGAAGAAAAAAUUGUUUUCCAAAAAUGAAAUUGGCUACCUCAGCAAAUUAUGAAAAAGAAGGCAGCAAGCUGACUAGCUCAAUAAAUUUAUAAUAUAUGACUCAGGGUUGCAAGUCCAAGGUAACUGGAAACAGUUCUAAUAUCUACUCUCAUCAUGCAAAUUGUGUAGCUUGUGGGGGGAGUCACACUACUUUAUUUUUUGCACACUCAUAUCCAUGUUGCAUUAUUUCUGUGUAUUUAACCUGUGGCACUUUCAUUAACUGUUAGCUACUAAUUAUUACUUACGGUAAUUAUAAUGUGAGAGGGGCACUUGAAUGCAUGGACAUUUGAGCUGAGUCUGCUCCCCUCGCUUCCUCGAGCACACUGGGGUAUGCUUUUUCCUAUUCUCCAAGUGAGCCCAUAAAGCUUGACAUUUUUCACACUACAGCAAGAUUUUGUGUGCCAUAGGAGUGGCAAAUGCAAUUUUCCUGUAAAGUCCCAUGUGGCCCAACACGCUUUUCAGUCCUGCAAAGAUCUCUCAGCACCAGCUGCCAAGUUAGUGAGUUUUCUCUGUGGCCUCUGCGCUGGAGAUACCACUUCCCUUCUCUUCCCCUGUGCUAACCAAAACCAGAGAGCUCUACGUAACAAAAAUGCUUCUUAAAACAGAUCAGCACAGUUGACUUCCACCAAAAGAAGUGGAGGGUGGGCAGUACCUCACGUAGCUUGGGCAGCAAUGGCACCACAUGGACAACGGCUUUUAACACUGACACAAGCUCACUUUCAGUGAGACCACAGGAAGUAGGCAUAGAUUGAGCUAUGGCCCUGUGACGAGAUUUCUUUUUAGGCCCAUAUUUAUAGCUGCUGCUUAUCAGUGCCUUGUAGAAUUUCUUCACUUUGCCAUCUAGCACCACCUCAGCAUGGUGCAGUUGUGCUGUCCCCCUCAAACUGAGUCUCAAAUUGAUGAUGUUGACUUCAAUGGGAUAAUAAGAGUAAUUGAGAAGUGAGCCCAUACUGAUCCUAUUGUUCUGUCUUUUCUAUAUGUGUAACUCUCCUCUGGGUUUCAUUUCAUGAUGUUUCACUGUGACCUGGAAAUAGUUAUAUAUGUUGAAUUUGCUGUGCUUCUCCGUUGUAAAAUAUAUUUGAUGUUGUGCUGCUAUUAUUUAAUCAAACGUGAUAGUUUUGAUCCAUUUCAUAUAAAUAAUGCCAUGAACAAACCUAUAGAAAAUUGGUGGUGUAACAAUUUUUAAAGAAAGCAUUGGGUUAAAUUUAAUUUUUCACAGUUCUAAAUAUGCAAAUAUUUUCAAUAAUAUGGACACUUUCACAGAUGAAAAAUUGGGAGCCGUAUAUUAUAGCAGUAAUGGGCUUGUUUAGAGUUAUGUUGCAGUUACAGUUGCCAUUCAUGUGCAGGGUUAGUUCUUCAGUGAGUAAAGGAGACUCUAAUAUAACUGUUUACAAUAGUUAUAAACCUGAAUUUUACAGUUUUUAGGAUUUUUAUCUGUGGUCUAGUAGGCAUAAUUAGACCCACCAGCUUAUUUCUGUUGCUAUAAACUUUAGAUUUAAGUAUGUUUUGCACUGAAUUUGCACUGAAUUUGUAAUUAAAACUUUUUAAAAAAUAUAUAGGGAACAAUUAAUAAGCCAACAUUGCUAUGCAACCCACUUAAUGUGCCAGCACCAUUGAGAUGGAUGGGAGAGUUGCACAGCACCAUUCCUUGGUAGGUUGUGCUAUUUAAUGGUGACUUUUGAUUGCCCAAGGAAAGAGACAAGCCAUAGAGACAGAGCCUGAUGCUUCCAAUUAUGUCUACUUUGGAGCUAAUGGAAACAAACCUCAUAUAAAAACAUGUUGGUAACUUAAAUAUUUGUGAUUUUAGUUUUAUUUGGAAGCAUUCUAAUAUGUUGCCUUGAGCAACAUAGGUGAUACCUGCUCUACUUGCAAAGGCUUUUACUGAUUGAUAUUUACAAUUUACACCUCCUUGUGUAGAACAGUUUUAAAAUGCCGGCUUGAACCAGAGUACCUAACUGACAACAUAGUCUAUAACUUUAUUUUUCUGCGCUGUUUAUUUUUUUCUAGGCAGCAAUAAAACAACCUGUGAAAAGCUCUAUCAGAUGUUUUAUAACUGUAUUGUAAGCUUGCUUUCUGAGACUCUGCUUCUGAAUCUGUUAUGCUCCAGGGUCAUCAGGCUUUUCUAAAGAUGUUUGUUAAAUCAUAAUUGGGAGAGGGGGGAGCAAAGCAAGAGUUAGACUAAGAAAAUGACCAAGGAUCAAACCUCAUGUCUGCAUUUAGAAUAGUUUUCACAAAUGGAGACUUAUUAAAGGAAAGAUCUUAGGAUUUCACCCAAGGAUUAAUGGACACUUACUCAAUGAAUGCAAGGUAGACUCAUUACAGAUACAGUGAAGGAAGAAAUCCCUGAGCGUCCUUUCUAAUUCAAUGACUUGUGUUGCUUUUUAAAAGCUUUACUAGCUAAUGCCUAGGAAAUGUACAAUUAAUCAAAAUUCUAUCAACACGUUGAUUUCCAAGGCAAUGAAAGAAAACAGUUAGGGUUACACUGACAUGAUGGGCAAAGAGGAACAGUCGUUUAUCUAAUUGAUUCUUUCCAAAACGAGAUCCCACUGACAAGUUGGCAAAUGAGAUGAAGGGAAUCCAGGUUGCUUCAAACGCCCCCAGUUUAGAUUGCCACUUGAACAAUCUGAUGUUUUCAGUUUUUUCAAUGCGCCUAAUGCAACUAUAUCAGUUAUCAAAUGAGAAUUCGGUUGAAGCUGGGUUUUUUGCCUUAUUUUGAAGGUGGGUUACUUAAUGAAAUACUGGGGAUGAGAACUUAACUCCAGACAUCUCCCUUAAGAGAGGGCUGGUGGCCUUUAGACUUCCCAGCUCUGCCUUGCAGUUCAGUAGCUUUUAAGGAAUUUUAGUAAUAUUUGUUCAAAAUAGAGGGAAGAGAAACAACUGGGGUUCAUGCUUCAUGACACAUGCUUCAUGAGAAAUUCAGCCCCUCCCCCACCAAUAAAAUCACCGGUGGGGGGGGGCAUGGCCUGGUUGGGUUCAUCUGACUUCUCUAUAUAGGGAGCAUCACCAUGGUCUGAUUUCCACAAUGAUUGGGAUACUUUUAGAGCUGCCACUGUUGUGAGAAUUUGUGCAUCCAUGUGCACAGUAUCAAAGUACAGUGGUACCUUGGGAUGCAAACGGAAUCCAUUCCGGAGCCCUGUUCGCAUCCUGAAGUGAACGCACCCUGUGUCCACGCGGGUCGUGUUUUGCCGCUUCCGCGCAUGCGCACAUCAUUUUGACCGUCUGCGCAUGCAUGUGCACGCAGCGAAACCCAGAAGUAAUGGGCUCUGUUACUUCUGGGUCGCUGCAGAGCGCAACCCAAAAAUACUUAACUUGAAGCACAUUUAUCCCGAGGUAUGAUUGUAUUGAGUUCUAUAAAUAGUGCUUUUCUGCUAGACAGCUGCACUUCAAAUAAUCUAUAGAUCUCUCUCUCUAGGGACUUGAGUCGGAGAAGGGAAAAGACUUGUUAUGUUCACUAUGAAAGUGAUAGUUGGGUAAUACAAAGGGGGCAUGUUAGCAGUUUUGCUUUGUUUCCCUUCAAUGUGUUCCCUCAUCCCACCUCAAGGGUUAACUUAUUGCAAGACUUGCUAUGUUUCACCUGCUUUUAAGCAUGAGGCAGGGAGCUGAGAAAUGCUUAGGCCUUCCACAAAGCGGCAAAACAGCUUUUAGGAAGAGGAAUGUGUACUAUACUUGCUUUAUAAAUAAAAACACUUGAGAAAUAGUAGUGGAGGAGAGCAUUCCAGCUUUAAUUGACCUUGCAUUAAACAACAAAGCAAUGCUUCACAACAUUUUUGUAACUAGGGAGACUUCAUCGUCUAGCACAUCUGGAUUUUGUGUUGGGUUUUAAAUUCAGGUCCUGGUUAUUGACCAGCUCAGUCUUUCAGUUCAUAUGAUAGAUAACAACAUUCUGGUUGAACAAGCUAAAUGCAACUUCAAGCUUCAUAAAAGCUACCAGGAUUAAGGCAUGGGAAAUCCUAGACAUGCAGGUAACUUCUUGCUUUCAUUUAUUACCAGUGAUCAGUUACAGGGUUAAAGCUGUGAAGCAGGGCAGCAGAGCAACUUGAUUUUUAAAAUGUUUUCCUUAAUUCUACUAUCCUGUCAUGUGCCUUUUGGAGUGAUCUGCAGGUUCAGAGACUUAAGAAAUUUUGAAUAGCAGUAUUUAAGUACAGUAUCAAAGUACUACAUUCUUUGAUACAAAUGUAUAAAAAUGAAAUAACUUCACAUGUAUUUUGGAUUAUUUGUUUUAAACUUAACUUUGGAUUAUAUUGUGAUGUACAAUAGCCUGUGGAAAUGCAUCAUGUUGUUCGCAAAAACUGUUGAACAGGUUUAUGAGAUUGGUUUACGUCAUACUCUGCAUUUACAGUUAAAGGAAAUGAAAAUGAAACAAGCUCCUUUAAAAAAGAAAAAAGGAGAAUUUGCACAUUCCCCAACUGGUGGGAAUGGAUAGUGUGCCUGGCUGGCUGCAGGGGGCUGGACGAACAGUCUAUAUUCUUGUAUGUUGCUUCUCUACGUGAUGGAGGAUUCUUAUGUGCCUUCUUUAGAGUAACACUAACAAUGCAAUCCUAGCAUGUUCACUCAGAAAUAAGGUUUUGCUGAGUUGAAAGGGGCUUACAGGAUUGGAAUCUUAACUCAGGUUAAAUUCAGUAAUAAAACAGCUGCAUGUAGUAGCAUUUAGAUGUGGGUAUGAAAUCUCUUUGGGGACGCGGGUGGUGCUGUGGGUAAAACCUCAGCGCCUAGGACUUGCCGAUCGCAUGGUCGACGGUUUGAAUCCCCGCGGCGGGGUGCGCUCCCAUCGUUCGGUCCCAGCGCCUGCCAACCUAGCAGUUCGAAAGCACCCCCGGGUGCAAGUAGAUAAAUAGGGACCGCUUACCAGCGGGAAGGUAAACGGCGUUCCGUGUGCUGUGCUGGCUCGCCAGAUGCAGCUUGUCAUGCUGGCCACGUGACCUGGAAGUGUCUUCAGACAGCGCUGGCUCCCGGCCUCUAGAGUGAGAUGAGCACAACCCUAGAGUCUGUCAAGACUGGCCCGUACGGGCAGGGGUACCUUUACCUUUACUAUGAAAUCUCUUUAGUAAAAUAUGAGUUUUAUAGAGGAGUAACAUUGAAUUCUUCCAUUUUCUGCUUGCAGAAGAACUCACCCAGAAUAUUUAAAUCUGGUCGAUCCAUUUUAGAAUAAAAAUGCCUGUUAAUUGACAAUGUAUUUUUCUAAUUUUUGACAUUUUGAUUUUCCUGUUCAGACAACAAAGGAUUGAAUAAGAAAAAAUGUAUUUAAUGAGUCUGCUGGAAUAUUGUCCAAAUCUGUGUGUACUUUAAACUCUGUAAGGACUGAUGAAUGUAUGUAAAAACACUUCACAGUGUGAUUUUUUCCUUAAUGGUUUAAAAUAGUCUUUCAUAAAAUAAAAUAUUCAUUUAAAAUGUA